GCUGAAGCAAGCCAAGCCCUGGCAGCACCAUGGCCCUGAGUGUCAGCGUCAAGAGGGUCACCCACCUGCCAGGGACAGGGGAGCGGCAGGUGCAACUGAAUUUCCGAGGUGCGGAGCAUGGGGAGGCGCGGGGAAGGAAGUCGGGGUGAGGUGGGAAGGAAAGGAAGUGCAUCCAAGGUUUGGGGAAGGGAAGAGGGAACUGGUAGCCCAGGAAUCUGUUUGCUUUAGCCUGAGGUGAUGAAAAUGCAUCAGGGGGCCAAGAUGCAGAUGUGUGGGACUCUGUGCAUUGUGUAGAGGUACCACUGCCUUUCCUUUUCAGUUAUAUGAACAUGUCUGUUAUGUGAGCUGUGGUCCUGCUUGUUCUGUCAUGGAAUAUGCUUGUUCAUGUAACCUUGAAGAAAGUUCUGAAACCGAGGAACUCUUCACAUAUGAUACAUUUUUUUAAAAAAACAACACACAUAGCACUCUCUUUUUUGAAAGUGCCUGCAUCUGUGUGUACAACAUCACAUGUAACAAACAUACUGAUCUCUGUCUGUUUCACUGCAAGAGUGUGCUAUGGGAGCUGGCCCCCAUGCAGGGCUUCCCUCAACUCUAAUAUGUGGUGAAAUAGCCGUGUGUAUGUUAAACACACAGGACUGUAUAUGCACAUAACUUAAUUUCUUACAAGGAUGUACUUAGCUGUAUAGAAAAUUUGUCGUGCGAAGCAGCUCUCUUUAAGAAAAAAAGAAAACCUUUCUCCUCAGUCACAUACACACAUACCCUCAUAAGAAACACCUCUUAAGUCUUAUAACCACCUAGGAGCAAAUAGUCAUUCCCAGUCCAAGUUUUCUAGAAAAAGAGGUGCCGGAACUCACCAUGAACGCUUCCCUUGUUCUCUUGUAAUGACAAUGGUGCCCACCUGAGCAUAGCUGUCAACUUUUCCAUUUUCUUGUGAGGAAUCCUAUUCGGCAUAAGGGAAUUACCCUUAAAAAAAGGGGAACGUUGACAGCUAUGCACCUGACAGGUGCCAGAACUGAGUUCUGGUGAAUUCAGCUAAUUUUUUAAAAAAUCUAAAUUACCUUUAAAAAAAGGCCUGUUCGUUCCUCAUAUAUGUAUGCAUUACUAGUAACAAGGUGUGGAGGCAGAAUUCAGAUUGUCCAAUCACCUGAAUGGGCAAUAUUUUGUACUGGAGAUAGGACAGCAAAAAAAAACAUAUAGAAACCCAUUCUGCAGUGUUAAUCUUAAUUGGAGGUUAAUUUAAUGGAGGUCAGCAAGAUAUAGGAAUUAUCAAAAGAUCCCACUUUUCCUAGAAGAUUACUUCUUGUGCAGGAAAACCUAAUGUAUGAAGUAACAUUCACCUCCAAGUAACUAUGCUCUGGCUACAAGGGUUCUGUUAGAUCUUUUAGGCAAUGCUUCCAGUGAUUUGAAUUACCCACCUCAGAAACAUUUUCACUUCUCUGUCCAAGGAGGGAUUUCUCUUGCAGCUUUUUUGUCAGUCAGUCAUUUCCUCUUUGGUCUCUAUUUAAGUCCAGCAACUCACCAGUAGUUGUUGACUCAGUAGCUGAUAACAGCCUAGUAUCCUUUGUGUACAUUCCACUGCAAUGAAAUAUUUGCUAAAGGAAAGAGGUGUUCCCAUCUGCUUGUUAAAAAGUGGCAGUGAAUUAUCAGGUCAUGUCUUAGUUAUGGUGAUAAUCCGUGUGGUAAGCUUUGUUUCCUUUGAACAACCAAGAAACCCAGAUAGGUGAACAGUUUCCCCCCUCUAAAUUAAAACCAAAAAUUAUGAUAAUUUCAUCUAGCAACCUGUCUCCCUCCCCUGUGUCACACUCUCUAUAAUCCCAUAAAUCCUUGUUCCCUGGUUCCCCCUUAUUUAGAGCAUUCAUGUCAUACAACAACUUCUAACACUAUGCAGAGGCUUCCUCUCCGUAUAUCCAGGGAUAAUUCCUCUUAUGCUAAAAGAAAGUUAUUUGUGUACAAAAGUCCAGUAAGACAGUGGAUUAAAAGCUCACACCACCGAAUGCAAGCUAGAGUUUUGCUUUCAAUUAUGGGAAAAGCUUCUAAAGUCACCAUUAUUUAGUCUUCCUCCUUGCAUGUAUUCUACCAUGGCUAGCGGGGAAAACUUAGAACAUUUUGUUAUCUAUACAGUGGUACCUCGGGUUACAUACGCUUCAGGUUACAUACACUUCAGGUUACAGACUCCGCUAACCCAGAAACAGUACCUCGGGUUAAGAACUUUGCUUCAGGAUGAGAACAGAAAUUGUGCUCCAGUGGUGCAGCAGCAGCAGCAGGAGGCCCCAUUAGCUAAAGUGGUGCUUCAGGUUAAGAACAGUUUCAGGUUAAGAACGGACCUCCGGAACGAAUUAAGUACUUAACCUGAGGUACUAGUGUAAUGAGGGUACUAACAGUAAUUAGAAUGCUUGACUUAGAUCAGGAAUACCCAGCUUCAAAUCCCCAUUCAGCCACAAAGCUUCAUGGGUGAUACUGGGCCAGCCACAUACUCUCAGCCAUCACAGCAUUGUUGUGUGGAUAAAAUGCAAGGGGGCAUACACAAUGGCAAGGAUAACGUUUCUGUUUCUUUUAAAUAACAACAGUGGGAUGUCUGAGACAUCACCUGUGCAUAUCCCUUCAGACAACUAGUUUCCAAAACACUCUUUAGAUAGCAAUUGGCUUUAGGUGUGCUAUUAUGAUCAAGUCUGAUAUAUACCUCAAAAAGACACAGGUGACUUUAUCAAAGGUGUCAGUGCUCUGAGUUCUCCCUGCACAGCAGCAUGGGAAGUCCUAUCAAGGAGACCUUACCAGGUAACUCGAGUGCAAGGCAAAGGGUGACCAGGAAUGUUUUCUGAGCUGUGGUGCUUUUCUAGGCAAAAUUAUUUGGAUCUCUGUUUUCUAAACACAUGCUAGUAGCAGCAUGCUAAGGCUAGAGAGAAGCUUCUGUUAACAUCAGAUUCAUUGAAGUACAACACUCAUUGUCCCUGGCUGUUGGUCAGUCAUACUACCUGGGGCUGAUGGGAGCUGGAGUCCAACAAGAUCUGGAGGGCUAGAGAUUCCUCAUCCCUGCCAUAGGCAUCUGGGUUGGCUGUUGUGAGAACGGGUUCACCACUAUUCUAGAAUGACAAACUCUGCAUUCCCCCCCUAAGGUUUUACUCAGAAGACAAAGAAGAUACACUGUGGCCAGGAAGUAGUCUUUGGAGAGGUGAGGAAGCAUUACAUUGUGCUCAAAGAGGAUUGAGUUUUCAGUUAUGACACAUUAACAUAUGCUCCCAAAGUGUUUGUGGACACUUGACAUGUCUACCACAGCAAAAUAGUGUCCCCAGGCUGAUGAAUAGCUUGAAGCAGCAUGAUCUGGCUGAAGGCAUGCUUGUGCUCUUAGCCACAGAAUCUCAUUCUGCCCCACAGUCUACUUUUAUUAAAUCAUAUAUUGUUAUAAUUUCCCCAGUAUAUUAAGAUAGGUUACUGAGCAAUAAGAGAAAGUGAUGACAAGCCUUCUCUCACCAUUGUUUAAUGUGUGAAGUUCUGUGACUCAAAAGAUGUGAUGACUGCCUUACUCUCAUGUGUUGUUUUAAGAUACCCUAUACCUUGGUACCCAUCUAACUAUAUAUGACAGCCCUCACUACCCUCCAGAUGUUUCGGAUGACUUGCCUCAACAACAUGGCUGGGGCUGGUGGGAGUUAUAGUCCAAAAUAUCUGGAGGGCACCAGGUUGGUGAAGGCUGGUAUAUGCCAUAAAGAACUCGGGAAGUGGGCUCUUCAGGAGCUCCAGAAGCCCACCCUGAAUUCUGCUGCUCGUCUUUUCUUUUUAGCUUUUUCGCUGGCCACACUAUGGAAAGCUGAUUAUGGAAGAGAUGCUGAUUGUUAAAGUUUACAACUGCAGUAAGGUAUUCAGUAAUAGGUAAGUUCAUAUUUAUUUCAAGCAGGUGACUAUGAGGCACUAGCUAGAUUUAGGCUUAGGGCAACAAGCCUGGCUGAUGUCACCAAUGUAUGUGUCCAUUUCACAAAUUUCACAGAAAUCAACACAUGCCUCCAUUGGGAAGGUCUUGUUGCUGUACUUUGCCUCAGGCAAAUUGUGUUCUUUAUGACUUUAUGACCUUCCAGUGGACUCUGGAUGGCACAACUGGGUUAAGUGGAUUUAAAAUAUAUGCCCUUGACUUAAAUAUCAACAGAAUUAAAUUUUGGUGAUUUGGAUGCAGGAGUAUUGUGAGUUGUCUAAAUCAGAGCUCAACUGAAGCAGAUGGUGGGUUCUAAACUGACCUGAUGAAUCCCUAAUCCAUAUCCACCCUCUUCUUUGCCUACAGCCAAAUACUCAUGCUUUGACACAUACAGGCAGCCACCCCAGAGAGGUCAAAUGUCAAUAUGGGAUCACAUUUUGUGAAGUCACCAGGGUGUGGGAGGUUCAAUGGCAGGUACAUAAGUGGACAUUGUUGAGAAACAUUGCCACUGAACAAUUGCAAGGCAAUCAAGUUGUGCGAGCAUUAGAACUGGUUAAGAUUUCAAACACUACUCCUUUGCUUGUACAAAUGGCAACCAUUUUGAGCAGGGGUUCUGUUCCUUGCCCCCCCUCCCCAUGCAUCGACAGAGCAUGCAUAAGCCUGCCCUGCCCUGCCCCAUGACAGCCCGUUACGCCCCACCCACUGCACCCUAUUCUGCCUCCCAUUCUGCCCUCUUCCAGGACAAAAGGACCCAGAGGUCAGUGGUCACGUGUCAAUUGGAUGCGUGUAAAAUGGCCGCUGCCUGAAUUCAACACCCACCAGUGCACGGCAAAAGGUGCAUUCCUAGGGGGUCCAUUAUAAGCAGGGGAGAAAAAGGGCUCACAUGGUAGUCUAACCUUUCUCCUGUCCCAGCACUUCAACUCAGACACCCUUAAACAUUCCAAAACAGCAAGAGAAACAGUAAAGGGACCGGAGAAGCAGUGGCACAAGUGCAGGAGACUCAAGUGCUUUUAACCUGUUAAAGAUAUAUCCAUGAUCUCUUGGCUGAUACCUGGGUACCCUAACGGUCGUAUGUGUAUACAUGCCUGCCUGCGCACAAAGAAAUGUAGUCUUCCUCAGUCUUUUCAAUGGGUGGAAUAGGAAUAGUCAGAUGUUGCUGGACUGCUGAGCUCCACAUCCCUGAUUCCCUGACUGUUGGUCAUGCUGGAUGGGGUUGAUGUCCAAUAGCAUCUGGAGGGUACCGCACUGGCUACCCAUGAUGCAGAAUUACCAGCUCACACCGAUAUGUUUCUAUUCAUGUCUCAUCAUCCCCCAGCAUACAUUAGUACUCUGUUUCAACAUUGCUUAUUCUUUCAUUGUAGAUUACUUGGUUCCUUAGUUAUAAGCCUUCAGCACUUAGUAACAUCUGGACGACUAAACAUCAGAGAGGCUCUGGUUGACAAAAACCACAGCAUCACAGGUGUAAGUAGUUUGACUAUCAUCAGAAUACUGGGAUACUUGCAUGGGUGUAGCCAAGGGUGGGGCUGGGGGGGGCAACUGCACACCCCCCAGUUCAAGUAAAACAAUAGAAAUACUUAACUAACUGACCAAUCACAUCAGUUCUGCCCCCUAACAAAUGUUCUGCCCCCCCAACAAAAAUCCUGGCUAUGCCCAGGGACACUUGAAAAGCACCAGUGAGCUGGCUUUUGAGUGCCACAGCUAACUUGACAAAGCACUUAAUACGUGUUAGGCUCCUAUUUCCUCGAAAGAGAUCCUACAUGAGUUAUGGAAGAUUAUUUCUGCAGACAUCUUCCAUUGCUAACAUUCUUAGAUUUUGGUUUUGGGCAUGCACAAAAAAUGGUCCAUUUAUUAUAUGUUUAAUUCCGCCAUUCCUCCAAAGAGCUCAGAACAGCAUACAUGGUCCCUACCUCACAACUGUCCUGCGAGGUGGGUUAGGCUGAGAUACUAGGCCUCCACUUAAUUUAGCUCACUGUUAUUUUUUACUUACUUUUGUAUGUGCAUUUACUAUAUUCUCUUCUGUUUUAAAAUAUUCUUACAUAUUUCAUGCAUGCAUUUAUCCAUACCCAAUACUUGUUUUAUGGGGGGGAUGCAGGGGGAUGCAUACUCCUAAAUAUUUUGUGAAUCUUUGUACUUUUGUCCAUUUACUGUAUUUAUUUUUCCUUAUUUGAUCUGUAAAAUGGUGUUUUUCCUGAGUCAAAAUGAGAGUACCCCUAAACAUUUUUUUAAAGAAAAAAAACCACUGUCCAUACCAAUUUACAUCCUGUAUUUCAGGGCAAAAAACCUCCCCAAGCCAGCUGCCUUAUAACAGUUGUGGUCUUCCUAUGGUUUGCCUUUCCCAUAUAGAUAUAUAUUGAACUAGAUCUGCGAUACCAGCCUCCUGAUGGAGCCGCAGGAACAUGGGCUGAAGAAGAUUUUGUCUAUCAGAUGAAAGACAGGUACUGGAUAUAAUGUGAGAAGAAAAUUACACUGGGCAGAAGGUAGGACUAGGCAGAAGUGUCCUUCCACUCAGGAAACCUAGCUCAGUCAGCCUCCUCCUAGUUACCAAACAGGUGGGCAGGAUCCCUACCAACAGCUGGCAGAAUCCCAAAAUGGGUGUUCCAAGGGCUGAGAAAGGCUAGAGCUGGACUGAGCUUGCCUGGGAGCCAGUUUAUAGCCAGAAAGAUGGCAUCCACUUUGAUCAUCCUCCCCAUAUUUGCUGAAACCAGCAGGGUUACAAAUGUGGGAGUGGUUCCACUGCUCCACAAAGUCCCACCAGUGGGAGGGGGGAGUUUAGAUUAUACCCUUAGUUUUAAAGCACAGACUUAGAUGUCUGCUAUUCAAUCAGCAUUCCUACAGGUAUGUCUCCACCGUACUCUCCCCUGUUAGGAGAUUUCAAAGCAUUUCUACAACAAGCACAGAAAUGUAAGAUCAGCAAAGAUAAGAUUUCAGCACAUACAGGGCUCAUGCAAGUGCAAAAUGAAUGACUAGCCCCAGGCAAUGUGGGUUUUGAGGCAUGAAAGAGAAAUUGUCACAGUUAAGCAUAUUACUCAUAAUGUUGCUUUGGAAGUAAUUGCACCAUAACUGGCCUCUCUCAACCACUAAUCUGAGGGGUUCUGAUUGCCAUCAGAAUCACUCUGUUGGUAUGAAAUGUUAGGCCAAGAGAGACUGCAACCCAUUAAGAAGAUUCACCAGUCAGUGCAGCCAACAUUGAUAUCAUUCACUCACUCAGGUUUUCCAGAGAGUGGAGACAAAACAAUUGCAUUCCAGGGUUUUCACUGUUGACAUCCUUUCUUUUUAAAUAUCUUGUUUAUGACGCCCCUGUCCCAACUGGGAAAUAGACUAGAGCAACAGUUUAAACUGUGUGUGUACUCAUAGUCAUUAUUCAGCUUCUAGUUAACUGCAGAAAUUUAAACCCUCAGCAGGUAUAAAGGGCCCUAUUAUGGAAAUAACCCAAGAAAGGUUAAAUUGGAUAGAGAGCUAUUUUCUGCAGUCGGUGCAUGCUUGUCAUUAUUCCUUUUCUCCCCCUGUUUAAUAUAGCUCAGAGGUUAUAAUCCGCAACCCUGGAUUUGAGGAGCUGGAGUAAGUGUCCUAUUCCAUUUUAUAACCUGAUAUUCUGAGUUACUCGAUCAAAUACAAAAGCUUUUAUGCACUGGUUCAAAACCACAAGUUGGGGCAGUGGUGCAGCAUGGGGGGCUGGGAGGGGGCCGUUGCCCUGGGUGCAUUUUUUGAGGGGGCACAACCACUAUAGUUCCCUUAUGGAAUGAAGCCGUGCCCAGGCUGACCUUCGUGGCUGGGGUGUGGGCGGUAGCUGCUCCACUCCCAAGUCAGGCCUGACCCAGGGGCGAAAGCGUCAGAGAGGUGGUGGCGCUGCCCCUCUCAGAUGCUGCCAUCACACACAGCUUGGAAGCAUCAGAGAGGCGCUGCCACCGCCCAUCUCCAAUGCUGCGAUGAUCCGGCACGGGAGAGAGUCAGGCGCUUCCGGCAGGCUCCAGUGGGUGAGUUUUGCGUUUCCCACCCACCCUUGGUGCGCACCCCCCCUCUGCAUGCCCGUCCGCACGCCCUGCCAGCAAUCAGGGAUGGAAAGCCCUUGAGUUGGGGCAUUGCACUUGCAUUGUGAGUCAGCUUGGGGCACUACAACAGGAUAGCACUGGGAGAUCAACACUGCAAAGUUGGUGACUUACCAUAUUUGCUAGAUGCAGUGUAGCAAUGCCAAGCAUAGUUGUGAUAUGACACAUAGUGGGCAAAGAGUGCUUGCAAUGGGCCUGUGAUGGAAUACACAAGCAACAGAAGGACCCACAAUAUGAAAAUAUUUUGCUCCAGAAACUCAGAGUUAUAGUAUGUUUUGUCUCUGCACAACUUUGGAUGUUUCAUUGUGUUGUUUCAACAUUGGGUUGAUUUAAACUGCUUUUAUAUUCUGUAUGCUGUUUUUAGUUGGUUUGCGUUUCUUUUGCUUUGUUUCAUGGGAAAGCGGGGGGGGGGCUCCAGGUCUAGCCAUAGUUAAGCAUUAUUAUGUCUUAUAGAUUGAGAGGAAAAGAAGGCAUCCUUAAACCUCUGACACUGUAAUAAUUGAUUAAAAUUGAUUAACUUGGAGUGGAUUGUGUUGUUAUUGAUUAUGAUGAUAAAAAUGAAUAAAAAGGGAAGAACUAGAUGCUCAGUUUUGGUCAUGAAUGAUAUAGAUAAAAUUUUUUUAAAGCUUUAGAGGCUGAUAGAUGUGAUGCUGUAGGAACUGCAUAUAUCUUGUGCUUCUUAAAGUUUCCUUUGCAUGUAGCAUGAGCUUGUGUUUGUUGCAGCCCUGAUGAAGUGAAGCGAGCUGCUGAUCUGGAUAGGAAGGCUGCAGUACUUGGCAGGAAACUUGUCAAAGGCUUGGAGACUGAUGAUGAUGAGGAUGAUUAUUAUGAUGUGUCUGACAUGGAGUUCUCCGGCAUUGUCUUCACUCCUGUCAAGAGGUACUUUUCUGAAAGCACUUUAACACAAAAGGGUCUGUCUAGCUAGCUUGGCACGUCAUUACAUAGCUACCGUAUUUGAUAUCCCUUCAAAAAAGGAACCUGGUGUUAAGCACAGUGUACCUUUCAGAACAGUGUGUAUGUGCUAUGUGAGGGUCUUUCAUCAUUUAUCAACAGGAACAGCAUAUUUCAUAGUUGGAAGGAACCCCAAGGAGCAUCUAGAAUACCACUAAAAAAAUUGGAAUAAGUGAUUAUUACAGAUAAUCACUUAUUCCAAAUUCUUAAUUGUCUGCAUAUUAUUACAGAUUCUUAAUUGUCUGCAUAAACCUGAUUAGUAUUAUUUACUAAAUUUGUACACUGCUUUUCAUCCGAAGAUUACAAGGUGGUUCAUAACAUAAAAAUACAAAAUGAGGGCACAGAAAUGUUUAAAAGUUAAAGCGGAAAGUGCUUUGCUGAAUUUCUGUUGAGAGAGCGAUGACAAUAAAAAGCAUUUGAUUUGAAGUCAACAUUUCGUUUUCUUCUAUUAUCCUUCCCUUUUAAAUUAUGUUAACAAGGGUCACAGAUCAAACUAAAAGUUUUACUUAUUUACCCCCAAAAUAAAGUAAUGGUUUACAGAGAAUGGCUUUGCUGAAGUGUUUAAUCAGUGUUUUCUUUCCAUUGCAGCCGUUCUAGGGUCUUUUCCAAAUGGGACUUGUAUGCUACUCCUAGACCACAGAACUUCCAGGUACUAUACUUGCCAGUCUUCUUGUGUAAACUAUUUAAGGCAGUGGCUCUCAAACUUUUUAAAAUAUAUAUAUAUAUAUCGAGGCCACACUUUCAGAAUAAAAAUAUGCUCAUACCACAUCAAAUUUUGUAUUGGUAGGAAAUACAUUGGAAAACAAAAAGAAAACUCCCAGCAGUGCUUGAUUUAUAAGAUAGAACACAACUAUUUUAUAAUAUGAUCAUAGGACAUCCAGAAAGUAUAAAAUAUUGCAGCUACAAAAGAACAUGAACCAUUCCCAAAAUACAAUUAUAAAUGUGCCUCUGAUAUACUGUAUGUACCUUAAGUAUGUAUACAAACUCAAUGAGAGAUGUGAAUUUGCUUUUGCCGGGUCUAAACCUCAUUUAUAUUAGGUCUAAUCUGAGAUAAACUCUCAUUUCCUCAACAACAGAAAUGAAUUGUUCAAAUGCCCUUGAAUUUUGUGGCCACACUUGCCAUUUUCUCCUGCCACACCAGUGUGUCAUGCCACACUCUUUAAGAACCACUGGUUUAAGGGAAUGUUUAUAUUGCCUUAAGAUUUCUGGGAGGGCAUGUGAUAUUUUAUGGGACUAUUCCCAAGUUAUCAAACUCCUAUUAGACUAGCCCAGGACAUGUUAGAUCAGGAGUGGGGGAACCUGUGCCCCUCUUGAUGAUGAACUACAACUCCCAUCAUCCCUGACCAUUAGCCGUGCUGCCUGGGGCUGGUGGGAGUUGGAUUCCAACAACAUCUGGAGGGCCAUGGAUUCCCCAUCUCUGCCUGCAGAUUGAAAGAAAAUUCCCAAGUGACCCUGACAUACCAGUAACUUGUGAAAAAACUCAGACACCUGCGCCUUUGAAACAAGCAAUUUUCUCCUUCCUCUUAUUUAAUUCCAUCUCCCAUAAUGAUGACAUCCUCAGACUGAUCCUAGAAAGUGUAUUGUCUCCACAGAUUGGCAUAAACAUUAUUGAAGCCCAGAAAUUGGUAGGAGUGAAUAUUGACCCUUUUGUAGUUGUGAAAAUCGGAGAUGAGAAGAGACGCACAGCAACACAAAAGUCAACCAACUGUCCCUUUUACAAUGAGGUAUGUAAUGUACAGGCAAGAUUCCAUGACUCCACCACUCAGAACUUCUAGUUUUGUACAUAUCCUGGCCACUGUUAGGCAGCUGACUGCAGGCUGCAAACUUCUCUCAAAAGACUCGCAUGCUCUUGCAUAUGCCACAAAAGAUGUUGCAUUAACAUGCAAGUCAUAACUAAAUUAUCAAGGUUGGCAGCUGCACACUUGAGUAAUGGUUCUGUGUACAGUUGCUAAAAUUUUGCUGCAGCCUACUAGCACGUGGAGGCCAGGAGUAUAUAAAUCAAAUUACCCUGUCUUCAUGAUCACCUAUUGGAUUAUCAGCAUGUGGGUCAACCAUUUAUUCCUUCGGGAGAGUGCUUUCUGUACAGAAAUUUCGCAACAUGUGAGAAAGUUCUACGCUUAUGCACCUCUGUAGAGCAUGAGUGGGGAACCUCUGGCCUAUGGACGAAUCUUGCCCUGCCACGUCCAGUUUCCCCUGUGAGGCCAUUUCCCCCCAAACCAUAACCACUUGUCAAUCAGCUCUCUUCACUGGGCAAUGCCAACUGAUGGGUGGAGGGAAGGGUUCAGUGAGGUGGGCUGGGUAUGGGUUCAAAAGUUUAGAGAAGUGGCUGCCAAACUUAUUGUAGCCAAAAAGUUUCAAUGAAGCCUAACUGUGGGGGUGGGGAACAUUUUCAGCAGGGGGGUCUCAAAUAGGGAAGGGUGAGUUAAUGGUGACCGCCCCCCAGUUGUGAGCCUCCUGACUCAAAAUGCCUCCCACACAAGAGGUCCUCUGUUGACUACAAUAGAAUGUUUUCCCCCAGGCCUAAUUACAAUGGAAGAGGGAUGAUGGAGGGGUUGCAGUUGGGGAGGGAAGGGUGUCUUCUCCAGGAAUACCACCUUCUGCCUUCAGUUAAACUUGGAGGGGGGCGGGAAGCAAAAACACUUUUGUCAAGCCUAAUUGCUGGUAUGCGCAUUGUUGUGACUGGUGUGUGCAAGAUUGCAGCAAAUGCAUGUGUGUAUGCCAUGUGGCGCUGUGGGUUAAACAGAAGGUCAGUGGUUUGAAUCCCCGUGACGGGGUGAGCUCCCUUUGCUCGGUCCCUGCUCCUGCCAACCUAGUAGUUUGAAAGCACACAGUGCAAGCGGAUAAAUAGGUACUGCUCCGGCGGGAAGGUAAACGGUGUUUCCAUGCGCUGCUCUGGUUCACCAGAAGCGGCUUAGUCAUGCUGGCCACAUGACCCAGAAGCUGUAUGCUGGCUCCCUCAGCCAGUAAAGUGAGAUGAGAGCCACAACCCCAGAGUCGUCCACGACUGGACCUAACGGUCAGGGGUCCCUUUACCUUAUGCCAUGUGUGCAUAUAUGUGUGGCUGUAAAGUGUGCAGGUGUGAAUGGCUUCAGUAUGCGGAUGGUUGCAGUGCUUGCGUGUUGCUCAUGGCAGCUUCCCCAGUUUGCAAAUUUGCACAUGGGAUGAAAAAGUUUUAUGACCCCUGCUUUAAAUAAAGCAUCUCAUGGGGGGGGGGGCACAACUGUGGUCCUUGGAAUAUGAUAGCACUCAUGAGUCAGAAUUCUUCACCUUUCCCUUCCAGUAUUUUACAUUUGAAUUCCAUGAACCGAGAGAUGUUUUGUUCCACAGACUCAUAGAGAUUUCUGUAAGUAUCAGCCAUUGUGGGUCACUGUUAUGGGGAGAGAGCUAACAUGAGCCUAUUGCAUAGCAACAUGGGUGCUAAGAACCAUAACAAAAUAGGUGGGAUACUAAGCCAUGCCUCUGCUUUAGGUUUCCUUCCUCUUUUUCCAAAGUUUUGCUGAUUCUUAGUUUCAUAAGAAUGACUGCCUCAGUGGAAACCAUUACAAUCCAAACCAAUGUAGGCAUUACUGUACUAUUUUUGUUCAUGAUAUUUUAUAGUGCCUUAAGUGUAGGUGGCACUUUGCAGGAGGAUCAGAGAGGUCCCUCCCUGCAAUGAGCAUGCAAUCUAGAAGUGCGAGAGACAACAAACAAAGGGGUGGGAGAGGGACAAAUGAGAUAAAAUGUAAUUAUGUGCACCAAAGUUUUGUUAUGGCUGAAAAUGAGGAUUCAUGGGUUAAGCCAAAUGUCCAGUGAAAAUGGUGUGUUCUAGGAGAAAUUUGAAGGAGCAGCUAAAGUAAUCUGAACCUCAGCUAUACUGGGCUGCCUUGGUCCUAGGAGGUAGGAAUUCUAAGUACCUAGGAAACAGUUUUCUAAUGCAUUCUAUAUUGGGUGGAAGAGAUGAGCUGGUUGCCUUGUAAAAUCCUUGCAACAUCCCAACCUUGCAACAUCUCCAUGGGACGGUUUGAUCAUCUGUGUGACGAUGCCUCGUAUCUGUCCUCUGGAAUGCUGAAAUAGAGGCUGCUUUUAUAAACGACAUACAUAUGUGUUCCACACUCUGUUUCAAAUACUUUAUUAAUAUUUAACAUCCUGACAUUGCCAGAAGGAAAAAUAAUUUGAUUAAACUUCUAAAUUGAAAAGAAGCACCAGACAAAUCAUACCAUUGUUGAUAAAAAUAGCUUUACAAUUUAUUUGUAGACUUAUAACACAAGAUUAGCGAAGACUGACAACAUUGAAAUACACCCCUCAUCCUUUAAACUUGUCUCUGUUUCAUAUAGUACAGUUUAACUUGGCCAUUUUUUUGCCACUCCCCCUAUCCUUUGGAACCACCGAACAAUUCUAUUAGCUCAGUUCCCUCCACCACUGCUGAUAGAGGGCUACUACUGUAGCAUUAAACACGUUCUGCACACCUUUUGGCAAUACUGAGAAAGUGGUUUGUAUUACUGUGCAGGUCUUCCAUUCAAAGAAGAUCCGAUUCUUAGGUGCACUCAUAGGGAUAUUCAAGGUUGAUCUAGCGACUAUAUACAACCAGCCAGGUACAGUACUUGGAAGUGAUUCUUGAUUUCCUUUUCCAUUAUCUGCUUUGAGCCUAUGAUAUGAGUUGCCCUUGCAUUAUGGUCUAUUUUGAACUCUUUCUUUCACAACAACAUAAUUUACAAUUAAGUAAUGAAUGAGAACAUUGUAAAAUGGGUUUUCAUCUGCCUAGUCAAGGCAGCCCUGAUACAUUUUUGCUGAAAACUAAGGAUAACAUUGUGCCUUUCCCUAUUCCAUGUACAAAAGGCAACCAGACUGGCAGCAGCUGAAUCUUCCUUGAACAUUGGUGAAGGGUAGCAGACUUGCAAGUGGGGAGGAGGGUGCAGGGCUGCAUAGCUCACACAACUCUGACCUCCAACAGACCCUCCAAGUGUCCCUAUUUUCCAGCGAUGUCCCUGAUUUAGACAAGCCACCCUGGUUUCUGAUUUGACCCCAGAAUGUCCAACUUUUCCUUAGGUUGUCCCUAUUUGCAUUGGAGCAAAUGGAGUUAUUCAACCCCCAAGCGGUCUGAAGGCAAUCCUGUGUAGGGACUUUCAAAAAUGUUUUAAUAUUAUUUUUAUAUGUUGGAAGCUGCCCAGGUUAUCAUCAUGGAAUGGAAUGCCCCUAUUUUCAUCAGAGAAAUGUUGGAGUGUAUGCAGCAUUUGUUGUCUGUGACAGCCAAUCUUACUUUGCUCUAUGGUAGGGCUAACUUGGCUCUGCCUCCAGCGCUCAUGAUUCUGAACCCUCUACAGCCCUCUUGGCCAGGAUUCUGACUCUUCAGGGGAUAUAUGAGCCUUAUUGUGCAAAGUGUUGCCUCAUCAAAACUGAAAGCUCCAUGGAAUUUCUACCGUGCCCAUGGAAAGACCUCAGUAAAGCUCAUCUUUCCUGUGCAUAACCUCCCGUAAAUCUGCAGAGCUCUGUUGGUUUCAGGGAAUGGAUAUUGAUUUUUGCUUGCUAAGUGUCUUCCCUGGUACUUUGUGAGGAUAAUACAACUCUGCUGGCUUUUCUCUGAGGCUUUGAACUUGUGAUGGAAGUUGUCAUCAUAAUAUGUAUUGGAUCCAAGAAAAUUGUAAAUCAGAUAUUCUCCCUUUAUGUCCUUUUUAGAUCACAGAUUUUACCAGAAGUGGGCUGUUAUUCAUGACCCCAAGGACACCAGGGCAGGAGUCAAAGGCUUUGUGAAAUGCAACAUUUCUGUCAUUGCACGGGGGGAUGUAAUGAGUUCCCUUCCCACUACCUCAACAAGUCAGAAUGAAGACAUUGAAAAGUAAGUUUGUGUUAUGGAGAGGUAUGUAGUGUGUUCUCCCAAAGGAUUGGCAAGGGAUUGAUAGCUAAUGUUACUCAAGAUUAGAGAACUGAUGGAAUUAGCCAUUGUUCUGAUUCAGUGAUCUCCUUUCUUUCAAUUUUAGUUAGCCUCUGGUUUUCUAGGAGCUGUGAACACUAUUUAGAGCUCAAAUAUAUUUCUUUCAGGAACUUGCUGCUGCCUAAAAGAGUCCCAGCUGAAAGGCCAUGGGCGAAAUUCUGCAUCAAAAUGUACAAGGCAGAGGGUCUGCCCAGCAUGAGUGCAGGAAUCAUGGGUGGUUUUUCAAAGAUUGUGGGUGAGAAGAAAGUCUUCAUUGAUCCAUAUGUGCAAGUUGUUUUUUCUGGUCAGCAGGUAAGUUUAAGCUUGAGCAACUGAUUUCUGUGAAAUGUUUGGUUCUUUGUUCUGUGGCUCACAACAGUCCAGUCUAUGUAACUUGAACAAAUGCUUUUCUAAUGCAUCAUAGUAGAGAGAGGGUAUGUACUAAGAAUGUAGGAAGCUGAUUAGAAAACUGAUUAGAGAGACAACCUUCUCCUCCAUUACUUUGCCUAAUCCUUUUUUAAACCAUCCAAGUUGGUGGCCAUCACUACUUCCUGUUCGAGUAAGUUCCAUAGUUUAAAUAUGUGCUGUGUGAAGAAGUGCUUUCAAAAAUCUGUCCUGAAUCUUCCAACAUUCACCUCAUUGGAUGUCCACACGUUAUUAUGAAUGGAAAAUUAAUGUUGUGUUGUUUCAAAGUGGAAACUUCUAUUGUUUUCCCUUGCAUGCAAUCUUGAUUCAUUUCUUUGGUUCAGGGAGAAACUUCGGUUGAAAGCAGUACCACAGAACCAGUGUGGAAUGAACAGAUCAGCUUCAUUGAAAUGUUCCCGCCUCUUGUCAGAAAAAUAAAAGUCCAAAUGUUGGAUGAUGCCAACAUUGGAGAUGUUGCCCUUGCCACACACUUUAUUGAUCUGCAGCAAAUAUCUGACCCUGGCAGAAAUGGUGAGCCCCCUCAGAGCAGCAGGCACUUCUGAAUGUUCAAAUGAUUCUUUCACUCAUUGCCUAUUUGUCUGGAGUGUUUUUUGUUUUUUUUUAAAUUGAUUAUAUCUUUAAUCUUAUCUUCUGAGCUACCUGUCCAGGGAAUAUAUUUGAAGGAUGGAAUACAUACAAGCAUAUAAUAAAUAUUAAUUUAUCUACUACAGCUCAGCUGGCCGGGUAUGCAAAUAUGUCCAUCUUUGUGUGUGUAGAAUCACAAGUAGGGGAGAUCUGAUGGGCACCCAAAUCUAAGGCUGCAUGUACACAAUACAGUUAGAGCACUUUUAAAGCAUAUACCCGCAAAUAAUCAUGGGAACUAUAGUUUACCCCUCACAGAACUGUAAUUCCCAGCACCCUUAACAAACUACAGUUUCCAAGAUUUGGGUGUGUGCGCUUUACGUGUAUGGUACGUAGGCAAUCCAUGGGAUAUGGCCACAGUCAUUCCUGCUGAAUUCUGUUUGGUUAUAGCCAGUAUCUAGGAGGGUCACCAAGAGUCUCUGCUCUGCUCUGCUCUGCUCUGAUCCGUAGUGGGGAAUGACAUGUGUGAAAUUCUGAACCAAAUAACAGUAAAUUCAGAAAUGUCUUUUCCCACAGGCUUUAAUCCCACCUUUGGCCCAACCUGGGUGAAUUUAUAUGGAUCACCCAAGAAUUCUGCCCUGCGAGAUGUACACAAAGAUCUCAAUGAAGGUCUGGGUGAAGGCAUAUUCUAUCGCGGGCGUCUUCUCAUGGCCAUUAGUGUGGAGAUCUUUAGCACUAUCCAGGCAGCAGAGAAAAAGCCUGUGGAAGCUCUCAAAGGUGCCCUAAGUAAGCUGAAGCUGAAGAAAAAGAGCAAAAAGGCCAAGGAGAAAUCCAAAGCUUCUGUCAAAGAGCAGCAACGAAGCCAAGCUGAGGGUGACGUCCUGGAGGAGUCUGACCAGCCAAGUGAGGUGAUUGUGGAGGUAGAGGACCUCCAUCCUCUCCCAGAGGUAAGUCUCAUAUUUAGAUCUUAAAGCAAAGCUCUGGCUGUGUGCAUUGCCUUCUUCUAUACACACAUAUAUGUGAAUUCCAGAAUAGAGAUGAAACCUUUCCUGGACAGCUACAAAAGUAAUAUAAUUGUCUCUUACAAAGGCACUAUGUAAGACAAAGGUACUAUGUUGCAAGGUAGGUACUAAGUUGAAAUUCUGAAAUCUUGAAAUUGUAAGCAUCUCUUUCACAUUUCAAAUUUAAAGAGUUGUGAUAAAUUGUUUCAAGACGCUUAAGCAAAUAUGUUGCCCCUCCAGAUGUUUGACUCCAGCUCAAAGCUGCUCUAGCCAGCAUAGUCAAUGAUAGUUCAACAACAUCUGAAGGACCAAAGGUUUCCCCAUCCCUGAUCUAGCAGAUAACGCUCCCCUUAGACUCUGUGGAGGAAAGGAAAGUGUUUGGUACACAUGUGCUUUUACAGUAACUAUGCAGCACUUUACAAUUCAUACAGUGUUUGCAAUGGGAACAGUGAGCAGGUAGAGAUGGUGAUUAUACAACAGAAUUAUAUAGAUAAGGACAAAGAGCUCUGACCUGCUCUAUCACAGUGAAAAGGACAAAUGAAAUGAGAAAAGCACCACACCCAUGUCAUAGAGCCUUCCCUUCCUGGUCUGGCUGCAAAUCUAAUAACAUUUUAUGAAAUAAGUAAAUAUAGUAGGUUGCCUGACUUACAGUUCCAAGGAAGUUUUUCUUUUUUCUUUUAAUAAAAACAGCUACAGACCUUUGAAACUAUAGACUUAGGCUCCAGCAAACGUUUCCCUCAUUCUCUUUGAGCCAUUGGCUUGAGCCUGGAAUGUCAAUUAACCAGACGGCAGGCUCAGCUUCCGAGAUGCCUAGCAAAUUAGGCUGCACCAAACAAGCAGGUUAGGGGGAGUGAACAAAUGACGAUUUAUUAUUUUCAUGGAAGAUGAUGGCUUCAAAAAUUGGACAAACAGGCGGACAAACAGGCAAGGGACUCUGUGCCACCUAAAUGGGAAAAACCUGUAUUUUAAGGGAUGGGUGGCAACCCUACUUUUGGAUCAAACAAACAAUUGAGCUGUCUUGUAUGACAGAUUUCAGAUGUGGGGUUAAUGGGACUAAGGACAGGAUAAAUGCCUCUGUUGCUUUGUGUGUCUGUGGCUACCACUAGUUGCUGCUUAAGUCCCAUGUGCAGAAGAAAGUGUCAUAUGGGUCCCAGAAUAUUCUGGCCUUCACAGGCACUUGCAUCCUUUACAUAUAAGGAAGACAGAUCAUCUAAUGCAUCGACUUCUGCAUGAGUAUUCUUUUGCACUCAGAACUCUAGAUCAAGUGGUUGACUUAUUUCUCCAAUAUUCACAUCUUCCUCCCAAGAUGAUAUCAUCCAUAUACUGACCUGUAAAACAGAAACGGAGCUGAGCCAGCCAGUCAUUAAUCUAAUCACCUAUGGAACCCCACAGCUGUUUGCCCUUGUUUGUCUUGGGUGGAAUUUGUAUUAAGAUUAGUGUGUUGUAUUAAGACACAGUGAAUUAACUUUGCCUUGUCUCUUCAGUUAGAAUCCAGCUUCCAGUUUUCCCCACCCAGCCUUCUGUUGGACGAAGAGAAACCCUACUAUGAGUCUCUCUUUAGAGCCCAGCCCAAAGGGGCUAUGAAUAGGCCAUGAAUAAACUUGCAAUACAAGCAAUAGAUGUGUGAAGCCUGAAUUGGUGUCAAUGUUUAGCAGCCAUCACAAAUUAGUACUUGGAUUUAUCCACAAGUUAGUUUUCUGAAUUAUUAUUUGAGGAGGUCAAUAUUGUAAAGCUAGGCUGUUUUGAAACUAAAUUUCUUUGUUGUUGUUCAGAAUGCCCUGGGCGUGAAAGAAGAAUUCCUUCUCUUUGCCUCCUUCUUUGAGGUGACUAUGAUGGAGCCAGCAAUAGGUAGCAAGCCUGUGAAGUUUGAGAUCUCCAUAGGUAAAUUUGACAUAGACUUGUGUUCACUUUAAAACAGUUUCUUCCCUAUGCGUCUCCUUUUUUGUUUCUCUCUCACACUUUCUAUUCUCGUAUUCUCUUAUAUAAAUGCCCCUCUCUUUGUGACUACCUUGUACGCUUAGCUCUGCAACUACACCAAAUAUGCAGCCUUGUCUGCAAUAGGCCACAGUGAAAUUGGCCAGGUUUGCAGCCUGGCACAUUUUGCUUAAGGAUUAGAACUCGCAAAAUGGCUUGGAAAAUGUCCCCAGUGGAUUAUCUCCACACGUAGUUGGCCCUGUUUGCCUCUGCCUUCACUGUCAUUGCUCUUAAAGUACCUGAGAAAGUGGAAGCUUUUGGUUACCCAUGCAGGUGUUUGUUCACUGUAAGUACAAGCAAGAGAACAGUCUAGGAAAAUGGGAACUCAUUGCUUUUACUCAGAUGAGGGAUGGAAGGAACUGUCAGUUUGAGUUUUCUCAGUUUCUAAUUUUUCCAGAAUUAUUAAUCUAUCCACAUUUUUCAGCAAUUUGCAGACUUAUUUGUUUAUUUAUUUUUAAAAUCCUCAUGGAAAUUCAUCAGUAUUUUCAUGUGAAUUUAUCCUAAUAAACACAUCUUUCUAAGCCGUUUUAAUGUACAUUUUUUUUGCAAAAAAAAAAAAAUUCCCCUAACUUAAUGCAUGCUACUUUCACGAAGAUCUUGAUUUUUAUGCAGUUUUCCCCAAUAUAUGCAUUUUUUGUAAGCGGUGUUUGGUUGGAGAACUGCAUCGCAAAACUCGGAGAAGUAAGGAUUUUUAAGGAAAGCUGUGUAUUGGUUCUCAUAUGAGUGUGAAUUUGAUAGGUUUAGCUUUUACUACAAACUGAUUUGAAUUUCUCCCGGCUCUCUAACUCAGACCAUAGAUUACAAUAUACUAGAGCAUGCAUGUUAUGAACACAAGUUGUUAAUGCUCCAGAGAUAUUUAUAAUAUUAUAAAUAUUAUCAAUUUAUUUUUAUAAUUAUAUAACAUUAUAAAUAUGAAAUGUUAAUGAGAAUAAAGAAUAACUAUACUCAUCUUCAAGGGAACUAUGGCAAAGCUGAAGAAGUGAUGACCAAAAUUUCCAAGAAAGAUGAGAAGGGAGAAAAGAGUGAAGACAAGCAACCUUUGCUGGAACCCAGUUCAGAUGAUGAGCUGGAUAUUGAAGUCAUAGCACCAAGUACACCUUUGCUUGAUAAAUCUAUGACUGAGAACCUAAGACCUGAACCCACUGAAUAUGACAAGUAAUUAUUCUUCAUACUCUUAGCCCUGUUUGUGUCUUCUUGUUCGUUCAUUCAUUUCUAAUGUAAUACAUUCAAAAAAUUAUGUUGAGGCAUUUGUCUGAACACCUGAGUGCAAAACUGUAUAAGGGGACAGAAACACACUCACAAGUUUUGCCCCCCAAUGUCAUUGCAUGCAUCAUCUCCCCAAACUUCCUUAUUGCAUAGAACUUUAUAAGCCCUUCUUAUAAAGCCUUUUAUAAGGAAAAGCCUUUUAAUUAUUACUGUAUUAUCCAGUAAGGAACUGUUCAAUGCUACUAUCUAAUUUUGGCAUGGGAAAGUGGAAUGGAUUUUCAUCUAUGUCAAAUUUGUGUAGCAGAAACACAGCUUUCUAUAUUUCUGUACUUUGGCACUGCUUUUUUUAAAGAAAGAAAACAUCAAGGGGAAAGCAGUUCUUUAUGCUGUAAAGCCACCCCUACUGAUAUUAGGGAGUGGGUGGUGCUGUGGUUUAAACCACUGAGCCUCUUGGGCUUGCUGAUCAGAAGGUUGGCAGUUCAAAUCCGUGCGACGGGUUGAGCUCCCGUUGCUCUGUCCCAGCUCCUGCCAACCUAGCAGUUUGAAAGCAUACCAGUGCGAGUAGAUAAAUAGGUACUGCUGCAGCAGGAAGGUAAAUGGCAUUUCCGUGCGCCAGAAGCGGUUUAGUCAUGCUAGCCACAUGACCCAGAAAGCUGUCUGCAAACAAACGCCAGCUCCCUCGGCCUGAAGCGAGAUGAGUGCCGCACCCCAUAGUCACCUUUGACUGGACUUAACCAUUCAGGGGUCCUUUACCUUACUGAUACAGUGGUGCCUCGCAAGACGAAAUUAAUCCGUUCCGCGAGAGUCUUCGUCUAGCGGUUUUUUCGUCUUGCGAAGCAACCCUAUUAGCGGCUUAACGGAUUAGCGCUAUUAGCGGUUUAGCGGCUAUUAAAGGCUUAAAGGCUUAGCGGAUUAGCUGCUAAAAGGCUAUUAAAGGCUAUUAAAGGCUUAGCAGAUUAGAUAAAGGGGCGAAAAGCGAAAACAAUCUCAAGACUCGCAAGACAUUUUCGUCUUGCGAAGCAAGCCCAUAGGGAAAUUCGUCCUGCGAAGCAACUCAAAAACGGAAAACCCUUUCGUCUAGCGGGUUUUCCGUCUUGCGAGGCAUUCGUCUUGCGGGGCACCACUGUAUUAUAUAUCUGAGUAUAACUCUGGUAUGCAGACAGUUGUUAGCUAUUAGUAGAAGGUUUGUAAAACUUCUCUGUUUGCUGCUCUUAGCUCUUACAGCUGCGUGCCAAUGCUGCAUGAGAAGCCCUGUGUGUAUGUUUGGAGCUACUGGGAAGAUUAUACCUGGAGACUCUGUAAUUCCAACUGGAUUGUCAAAAUAGCAGAGCGUUUGGUAAAGUAUUGCUCUACCUUUAAAGGCUCUGUCAAUCCCUGAUAUACUUGUUUUAUUUGCACCACACAUCCUUAACUGGACUGAGAAAAAGCAUGAUUGAGAUUAGAUUCAGAGUACUCUCAGCUCUGUUCCUGAUGAAGGAUGACAUCCUUGCUGCUUAUAUAUGAGAUACUUGCUUUGUUAUCUUUGGAUGUAUGGAAGGAAGUAUGUAUGGUCCCUGCACUUCCAACUUUUAAGGAGAUCUUUUCCCCCUGCUUCGUUUAGCUUUUCUAUUGAACUCUGUUGAUUUUAUACUGACUUGUAUUCCCCACCCCCAUCUCUGGGCGGUGCAAGAUUCCAGGGUUUCCAGGCGCUUACCCAGGAUUCAUGUUUCCUUUUGGAAAUGAGGUACAGCAGAGACUGUGGUGUCUUUAUCAUAUAUGGCUUAUUUACACAUAUCUACAACCUUAGUCUUCAGUGAAGGGGUUCACUGCAUCUGCACCCCAAAAAGGUCUUGCUUCUCCCAUAGCUGCAGCUUUGGAUUCAAACAGAAAUCAAACAUUGCUCUGGCUCUCUCUCCAGCUUGCUGCUUUCCUUCUAGGUUACAUCAUUGCAAAUCACCUCUGACUUUCCCCCCCCAAACUAACUAUGAGCUGGGGAGGGGCCACACCCAUUUGCUGUAUCACACAGAGCUCCUUUCCUAUGUUUCCAUUAAUAGCUCAUCAUCCAGGCUAUCACUUCAACACAGGAAGCUAGCCUGGCUUAUAUUUUAACACUUGCAGGAUCCCAGUGGGUGGGAGGGUAACUGCAUACAGUACAGUCUAUGCAUAUAGUAAACUCAUAACAAUAUUUUAGCAAUGUGGCAGUUGCCAAUUGAUUUAGCUCUUGGCUUGUUUUAAUUGCUGUUACAAAGCAUUGCCCACAACUGCAAUGUGAGUUAGGCCAGUGGUUUCUGCAAGCACCUCCCUUUUCUUUUAAAUCUGGCCAGAGAGAAAACCCAGAGGUAUGGGUUGAAUAACUUAAUGGACAAGUUAAUGACCAGCUAGAUCCCUCCUGCUUAUGCAUGUGAGAACAGCUUGCUUUAAUCAUUUCCCCCCUUCAGCACAAUUAUGUAGUGUAAUAAAUGAACACUUCAAGAACAUAAGAGAAUACAUGUUGCUUCUGGGACUGAUAUCAUUAUUGUAUUUGCCGUAACAGGAACAUGGACUAGAAGAGGUGGAGAAGCUCCUGAGGAGACCAAGAUCAAAGGCAGAUGAGAGGCUUCGGCAGGUGCUAGAGGAGUUUGUAGCUGGAUGUAGGUUAGUACUACAUAUUUGAUUUCUUUUCACAUAAAGCUGGCUUUUUAGCUCCCUCAGCCACAGAUAAUUGCAAUCAUCUUGAAAUAAUAUCCUGGAGUCCAAGAACUACAAAUCCUAGAAGCUAAAAGGGAGAAAGAGGCAACCCUCAGACCAUCUUGUAGGUACAGUACAGACCCAUGUGUGGUUUGGGCUGUUGAUUAUGGUGCUUAAUUCACAGGCCAGCAUUUUGAUUCAAGCAUGGGUCCAAGGGAGGUGAAAUGGGAAAGUUCACUCCAAAAUGCAGAGUGAACCGGAAUCGUCCCCAACCCUGUAUUAAAUUCAGCUCAUGUUUUCAUGUGAUAUGUGUAGCUACAGCCUGUGUGGUAUGUGUGUGCUGCUGUCAUGAGCUCAGAACUCACAGCUUCUCUGAUUCCAGGCAGUAUUCUCUUAACGUGGACAAAAAGCCCAUGGCCCGUCCAAACAACCUUGAUCGUUGCCGGAUGAAAUCUCUCCCGCAAAACAUUGUAAGUCAUGUGAUCAAGCUGUGUGCAUGCACUCUUGAGGAGCAGAAAGGAAUCUGAAGGUUCCAUGUGACAACAAAUACUCUGACCUUCAUCUAGCCCAAUGUAAACAUGGAACCCUCAUUGUGUUGCCAGGUUCAGUGGCUAUCAGAGUUUCCCCAGAUCAGUGCAUGGCUUUGAAACCCAUUGGUGAGGUGGAUCAAGAUUACCAAUUGGCAUCCAUUCAUGUAGCAAUUAAUUAUUCAUAGGGAGACUCCCCCCCACUUACAGCUACUAAUUGCACUUGCUGAGAAAAAUAUUGCAAGGGAGAAGCAAAUCAUAGGAACCCCACAUAAUCAGGCUGCAGCCAGGUCCUACUUGAAAACAUAACUAUGUGUCUCUCUAACAAGUAGAGUCUACUUGUCAAAGGACCUCCUGAUCAAAGGACCUGAAAAAGUUCCAAGCAAGGAAUAACUGCCUCCUUAUUCUGAACACUGUGGCUUAUUUUUUUCCUGUGCUUUAUCCUGCCUCUCUUCCUUGUUUUGUUUCCUUUUAACCCUUGGUAUCAGUGCAUGGCCUCCAUCCUUCUUCCUCUUGCUGCAUUCUGCCUUGACUGUUCCAUCCCAUACUAUUCUCCCCUUACUGCUCCAAUCCCCGAGUUCAAACUCAGGGCCCCUCCAGAUGUCUUUUUUUUAAUUGUGCAUUAAUUAUGAUUUGUCCUCAUGAUGGUAUUGGGGCAGUCAUAUGUGAUCCCACCUAGAGAGGCCCUUUCUCUGAGUGAAAUAAACAUUUCUAAAAUUACACUAGUACUUUCUACUUAUGAAAACACAAAUUCCUCAGCAAUCUACAGCUUAGAGCUAUAGAAUUUGGAGAUUCUCUGCUAUGGGCAGUUUGCAAGGAGGUGUGGGAGAGCAGAAGAAGGGAUUCACCUUUUGAUGGAGGGAAAAAGAAGAUGGGACCUCUCAGCCUGGUCCCCUAUGUGGUUAAAUUCAUGGUUAGAAGAUGUGAUCUUUUUGUCUUCAGAUACUAUAUGCAAAACAGGGGAUGCGCAUAAGAAGGCGCCUGACUCGCACCAAUGUCAAGGAGAAAGUAAAUGAGACAAAGAUAAUAUUGUCAAAGCUGCGCUUCCUGGCUAAAGAGGUAUGUAAUUGCAGGUGUGGGAAUGCAAUCAGGUUUGGGAGCUCCUAUACUUUAUACAUUAAAAGCUGGGUAGCUCAAGCAACUGAGAAAGGAAACACUGCACCAGAGAGCAUGAUAUUCUAGUAAUACCCUAGAAUCCUUAGAAUUUCUGUUUAUGUUUUGAAAGAAGAAAGCAAACAGGUUUCUGGUCCUUUUGGUAGUGGGGUGGGGAGAAAUAUGAGUGCAUGUGAGAAAUUCAGUGUGAUGUUUUCCAAACCAAAAGGUGUAUGGAUGGUGCAUGAAAGGAUCAAGGGUUGAGAUGAAUUCGAAGAAGCUGAGCUCCCACUCUGGUCUCUACAUCUGUUGCCUACGCCCAUGAAUCACACCUUCCUUCACUUCUUGGUCUCAAACCAAAAGUUCCAUUUAAAAACAAAAAACAAAAACUCAACUCUUCCUCCCCAUAGAUAAGGAAAAAGAAUGUUUGCACUUAAAAAAAAAAAGUUAAGCUAGUUUUAUUUCAGCUUUCCCUCUCAUUCCUGCCCCUAGCCCCAAUGUCCUAUCCCUGAUGUCCUGAUCUGGAUGUUUAGCAACAACAAGCGUGUCGCAUACACUCGGAUCCCUGCCCAACACAUCCUUUAUGCAGUGGUAGAAGAGGAGAAAGGCAAGGACUGUGCCAAGAUACAAACGGUCUUUCUCAAGGUGGGUGCUCACCAUUUUUGCUCAUUAAAUUUUAUUGCAUGCACCUGACCCUCCAAGCAGCAAGAGGCUCUAGGGAUUCCAGUACUUACUUACCAAUGGUUCAGUUUCCUUGGAACAACAACAACAACAACAAUAACAACAACAACAACAACAACAUGAUUAUUUAUACCCCUCACAUCUGUCUGGGUUUCCCCAGCCACUCUGAGCAGCUUCCACCACAUAUAAAAACAAAACAAAACAAAACAUUUCUUAAAAUUCCUGAUACAGUGCUACAGUGGUACCACGGGUUAAUUUGUUCUGGAGGUCCGUUCUUAACCUGAAACUGUUCUUAACCUGAAGCACCACUUUAGCUAAUGGGGCCUCCUGCUGCUGCCACGCUGCCGGAGCACGAUUUCUGUUCUCAUCCUGAAGCAAAGUUCUUAACCCAAGGUACUAUUUCUGGGUUAGCGGAGUCUGUAACCUGAAGUGUAUGUAACCUGAAGUGUAUGUAACCCGAAGUACCACUGUAUUGGAAUGGUCAUUGGAGACUAGUAUCUUUAGGAUAUAUGGUGAUAUUUACACACAUAUACAACCUGAGCAUAGGAUAGAGGGGCACCACAGCUCUUGCCUCCCAUUAGGUUCCUAGGGAGAGCCCCAGGCCAUAGCUUUGGGAUCUAGCAUAGAGCAAGAUAAAGCCUCUGUGUCUCCAGCUUCCAGCACCAGCCACAAACUCACACUCUCAAAACCCCCACUUGGCCUAUUGCUCUCCCUCUUAGGGUGGCAUAGCAUCCCGCCAGGUGAGGUGAGAAAAGGCCCAUCCUUUUUUCCCUAUGCAACAGGGCAACCUCUUUUGACACAUAAAUGGCAGGUUUUCUCUCAUAGAUUCUAAUUUCACAUACACAGGAUCAUAGGUUUGGAAGAGACCCAUGUUUAAUACCCAGACUGACACCCCCACACACACUUAGAACAUUGCUUUAUGUGUGGAAGCAGACCUAAUCAUUUAUUUCAUGCUUUUACUAUAUCAACACUUCUUGCCCUCACCAUAUUUUAACUAAAAAAAUAUUUUUGGGGGCUUAAAGGUUCCAGGGUCACGGAGUGGUGACAUCUUUGCAAAACUGGAAAUCUACAUGUGGCUUGGGGUAACUAAAUAUGUGAAGAACAGCACCGCAGAGCUACCAGAGGAGUUCAAACCAAUAUAUGAUAAGGCUGUGCAGGCCGCAAGGAUUCCAGCAUACAUCCCACCCAGUCAGCUCAACAGAGAUGGUAAGCCCAUAUUGCUUUUUGUUACCUCCCAGUCCUUUCAGAAAUGAAAAGAUAUAAUAACUCAAAACUAGCGCAAGAUAGAAGAUUCUGAUGUAAAGGUAGCCAGAUGUUGUUGGACUCCAACUCCCAUCAGCCCUAACCAUCAUGGCUGGUUGUACAAAGCUUUGGCACAGCUGAUUGGUAGCAGUGAUCCUGUCCCAUUCCAGUAAACAGCAGUGACAUCAGUGCUAGGAGAGCGGCUCCACCUUAUCACACAUGCCACUAUUGUCAAACGCCGUAGUGAGGUAAGAACCUGCAAUAUACGUUCAUGCCACACAGAACUGAAUAUUUUUGAUAAGUUACUGUUCAGCAAUUUCAUACCAGAGUGAGGAAAUACAGCCUCUGAUAUGUUAAAGGAAGACUCCUUAGUGCGCUCACUGCUAACAUCACCUCAUCACUCAAGUGUGUGUGUGUGUGUGUGUGUGUGUGUGUUACCUUAGCUAAGUUGGCAGGUGUAUGUUUGUGUGACACACACACACAAACAUAUACCUACCAACUUAGUUAAGGUAGCAUUCAAUGGAUCUGAGGUGGAUCCUGGUCCAUGAAAGUUUGUAUCACCAUAAUAAAUUAGUCAGUUAUUCAAAGUGCCACAAGAUUCCAAUGAGCUUUAAAAAUGAAAUGUUCAUAUGGAGUUCUUUUUAAUAGUUCUAGUAGUUUCUCUUUCGUGAUUAAAUGCUGUUGGAUAUAUUUAUCAUUCCGCCCCAUUGUAAACUUGUUGGAAACAGCAAUGAUUCACAUCAAAGUCCUGUCUAAUGUGUGAACCUCACACAUGGCUGUCAUCUUGGAAAGCUGAUAGAUGCAUUUUGCUUUUUGCAGACUUCAGUUACUUUCAGCUGCGAGCCCAUUUGUACCAGGCUCGGGGGAUUCUCCCAGCUGAUGAAAAUGGCCUUUCUGAUCCAUUUGCAAAAGUGGUGUUUUCAACUCAGUGCCAGACUACAUGUGUAAGUGUAUUUGCAGCAGACUUGUGAAUAAACAAAUUUGAUAGCCCAGGUGAAUAUUGAAAUGGUCUGGGAUAGGGGUGGGGGAAAUGCUCAGGGAGAUGUUUUUGUUUGUGUUUUAGUGGGGAAAUGGUGUUAUAGAUGUGGAUAAAAUUAAUACUGUAAAUGCCAUUUUGGUUAUUUUUGGUAUGAGAAAUAUAAGCUGCAAAGGGUAGCCUGGCCAAGCUAGGGCUGUUAAGGAAACAACAGAGAGCCAUUGAGGGUUGUUACAAACCUCUUGCCCCAGGUGUGACCAGAGAAUGGGGAUUUGGAAGGUUGUCAGGGUAACUGUUGGGGGCGGGGAGAGCAAGGGGUUUCUGGGAGGAAGAAAGAAGAAGAAGAAGAAGAAGAAGAAGAAGAAGAAGAAGAAGAAGAAGAAGAAGAAGAAGAAGAAGAAGAAGAAGAAGAAGAAGGGAGAACCAUCUUUGGAGUGUGCUGACUGCAGGCAGCUUAUGCUGCUGCCUCUUGGAAUGACUAUGCCAUAAGAUCUGGACCCCCUCCAUGCAGACUAAAGGUGUAAAUAGGCGAAUAAAUCAUAUUUCUUAAAGUACGACAGUCUCUGCCAUGUCUUCCAUUCUCCAAAGGGUGUGCCUGUGGCCCAUGAGCUCUUGCCACUGCUUGGCAGAGAGAGGGGCAGGCACUGGGCUUUUGUAACAAUAGUAAAAUACUAUAAGAGUCCUGUUGGAUGAGACCAAUGGCCCAUGUAGUCCAGCACUAGUUUCCAGGUUGCUCAACCUGAUACCGAUGAAAAGCCCACAAGCAGAAUGGAAGGGAAAUGUUUAAGCAGUCCAUCCCUUUACUUAAUUUCACAGACUCCUGGGGCAGCUUUUGUUUUAAAAAGUAAGUUGGGUGAAAGAUAUACAUGACUGUGGAUUGCAUGGGUCCAGCCUGGUUCUAAAGGGACUGUUUAAACAGCAGCUUUGAUCUCUGUUAAUUCAGAUCUUGGAAGAGACACUCAGCCCAAUGUGGAAUGAAUUACUUCUGUAUGACCAGCUCAUUAUCGAUGGAAAGAAGGAGGACUUGAAGACAGAGACUCCAAUUGCUGUUGUCAACAUCUUUGACUACAAUAAAUUUGUAAGUUUGAACGUAUAAACUCACCUGUUUUGUGCAAUUUUCUAUUUGGCUGCAAUAGCUUCUCGGGGACCAGGAACUCACAUCGACCAUAACCCCACUUUCCUGCAGAAGCAAUUCAGAAUGGUUUGGGAACCACCAGCAGGCUGAAGGAAUAAUAUACAUGGCAUGUUGCAGAAAAACCUACACCAAUACAGUUGAUCUAGUCAAGCACUUGGGUGGGCUGAAUAUUCAUACUAAUCUAGUUCCUAAUCUAAACAAUGAGUUGGGGGAGAGGUUAAGUCACUCUAGCAUCAGGCUUGCUGGGCAGUGCUCAGUUGUGUGAAUUUUCUGCAUGAGUAAAGUAAAAAGCAGAGGCAGGAUUGUGAUACAGUGAAGAUGGAGGUAAGGGAGCUCAUUGCUCUUAGAUACAAAGGGUGCUGCAGUGUGGGUAAAAUGCCCAUCAUUGGAUCUAAUGGGAAACUGGGUUCCUGAAAUAAUGUUUCUUGCCAUAUCUGAUAGCUGCUUCCUCUUCUUUCCAGGGCUCACCUGUGUUCCUUGGCCGAGCCUUUGUUACACCACUGGUGAAGCUGGUAGAUGAGCCAUACAGCAAACCUUCUCUCCAGUUUUUUGACAUUUACAAGGGACACAAAGCAGCUGGGGAAUUAAUUGCUGUCUUUGAGCUGAUUGAACUGGAUUAUAGUGGCUACUUAGAGGUAAGAGGGCUCAUUGCCACCUCAUGGCUACAGGGAUGUGUUUGGCAGCUCGAAUAGGUUGUGAACAGCCUGUGAAUAGUCUCAUAAUAAUAAAAAAUGGCCCAAAUCUCAUGUAACAGUAAAGUUUUGUGCUGAUGAGCUGGACUGAGCUUAAGUGAAACCUCAUGGACAUGUGCUCCAUCACCUCAUCCUGCGUAGUGCUGGAGGACUUUGCCAGUGUUUCAUUUCAUUGUAAUUAGGGAUGGGGGAGAAAUCUGUUUCACUUUGCAUUUAAAGGCAGAUCUACUGCAUUCACACUUUCCACAUGAACCAAAACACAACCAUCCUUCAACAUUCCCCCGUCUCCAAAUUUUGCAAUGCAGUUCUCCAGCCAAGAAAUGUGUGCAAAAAUGUAUACACUGGUGUAAAAUGUAUUUAUUAUAAUGCAUUUAUUAGUGAUAACAACAUACAAAAUGUGCAAUAUUUGCUUGCAGCGAUGUGCAUAUUAGGCAAACUAUCAUACGGACAUCUCUAUUGUGAGGACUUUGUAAAAAAAGAAACUGCAAAUGGAUAUGGAAAUGUGGAGAACUGAAUUUAAGAUUGGAGUAAGGAGAAACAGAGAGACACCAACACUGAUAGAUGUACUUAUCCCUAACUGUAAUUUAAUUUUGCCUUGUGUGUAAACCAGGGAUUGUGAUUUAUCAUAAACUCUGGCUAGUUAAACAAGCCAGCUUCAUAUCCCCUGGUUUGAUGUUGGCUUGUUUUAAAACUAACCAGAAUUUGUGAUAAAACCAAGUUCUCAGGUUCAUCAUGUUCUCCUAGCAGAGGGGCCUUGUGUUUUAGAACAGGAUCCUGAAGCAUUGAUGGGAAAGAAUUUUAUGGAAAGACUUGAUAUGAGACAGGUAGUGCCCAAGUUCCUUUCAGUAUAUAACCAAUGACCAUCUCUCACUGCUGACCACCCACAACCAGUGCUGCUCAUACAUCUGGGAUCAGAGGGAAAAGGCUUGACAGCUUUCACUUCAGAAAGUGAGGAUUGGUUAUGAUGGUAAUUGGUGGAUAAAUUGACAGGUGGGCAUUUAAGUCUACAUAGCUAUAGAGAAGACUUUAAAAUUGUUGUUCUGUGCUGUCCAGCCAUCAGUGCCUAGUGAUGUAGAACCCAAGGAGCCAGAAUAUCUGGGAGACCCCCGUUCUGGACGAUUCAUUAUCCCUGAAGGUAUCCGACCAAUCCUUAAAGAGUUUCGUAUAGAGGUAAAAUUAUUUGUUCUUCUUUUAGCAAAGGAUGUAUUUAAUCUAACCAUUUUGUUUUUAACCUGUUCAAAUACAGGAUUCUCCCCCUUACGUAUUGACAUGAUGAUUAUUUUUAAUCAUUCCUAAUAUGUUAUUGCAAUUAUCAUAUUAAUUGUUGCUCAUUUAGCAUCUGGUAUGAGCCAAUUUGGGCGCAAUUUUGUGAAAAAGCAGCAAGGAAAUAAACAGAGGAGAGAAUGAAGGAAUCUAGCUUGACACACAGUAACUAAGAAUUCAAUCCAAAUUCCCUUUGCACCAGGCUGUGGGAGGGAUUGGAUGGAGGUGUCUCCACCAGUGUCACUCCAAUAGCACAGAACUCUCUGUUCUGCCCACCAAAUGUGUGGGUGCGUGAAAAUGCUGCUGGUGGGAUCCUUGCUGGUGGUGUUCUGGGGCAGAGAUGAACUGAGGCCACGACCAUCAUGUGUUUACAUGAGGCCUAAUCCAGGCCCAAUUGCUACAUCAGCACAGAGAUUUGCCUACUCCCCUGCCUUCUGUCCAGGCCAGCACCACCACCGUGUUAAGAUCCAUUGUUCCUCAGCUGGGGUUUGGCUUGCAACCGUAGGCUAGUUUGCAACAAACAGAGAACAGGAGAGAGUAGGUGGGUGUCAUAUAGGUCUGUUAAUCUAGAAUGCAACUGUGAGUGGGCAUUGGGAAAGGUGCUUCAGUGGUUUUUGAGAAGAGGACCAUUUUAGAGAAGGAGGGUGUUGGGCCCUGUAUGGAGUACCCACAAGAGUCAACUCUUCUGCUUUCUUUCUUUUUUCAGAUCUUGUUUUGGGGCCUGAGAGAUCUGAAGCGUGUGAACUUAUUUGAGGUUGACCAGCCACAGGUGAUCAUUGAAUGUGCUGGGAAGAAAGUGGAAUCUGAAGUGAUUACAGUGUACAAAGAGAACCCAAAUUUCAAUGAACUUGUCAAAUUUGUUGAUGUGGUGAGUAAGAGGCAGAUCUCAAAAGACUGGGAUCGCCUUCCAUUACCUGAUUAACAAAACCAGAGUUGUAUGGCAGUAAUUUAGAAGCUCCCAUUAUUUUGAGUUAGCCUCCACAUUGUAUACAUUUCUGCUAAAUAAUGUUCCCAUCCACUGAGAACCUUUGAGGUUUUCAUGUGCUUGAUUAUCAGUAGAAAUAGCUGAGCAACAACCUGAAUGUUGCUGAAUGGCUGAUACUUUGGUCUUGAGCAGAGCUGUAGAAUUCUGCUAUCAUACCUGUGGAUGCUCCAAUGAUGGAGCAAGCUGCUGCUCUUGAAAGGCCAUGCCACAGUAAAAAAGCUGCAUUAAAAAUACCACUAGAACACACAUGCAAACAUGCAACCCAACCAGUAUAUGUGAUUAAUGCCUGAAUUGAUUACUUAUAGCAGCUUUGGAUUUAUUUCUGAGAUUUUGACUCUUGAUCCAUACCUUUUACUUGACUUGACCUCUCUUUCUAAUGUUGCCAGGGUUGAUGUGAAACAUUCAUAGUAUCUUGUUGAACUAGGAUAUAGAACCAUCCCACCAGUUAUCAAAUCACUUUAUACAGUAAAUAAUCUUAUUUGGGACCUUAUAUUAACUGCUGACCAAGAUUACUAAUUCAGUUUACUGUUUUAAUUUCUGUUGUCAUUGCUGGGCUGUUUUAAAAGGAUUGCUUUAUUGUAUACUUUAUUCAUGGAUGUUAGUUUUAACUACAUUGUUUUAUUGGGUACAGGCAACUCCCUGUUUGUGCUGCAUGCCAGGUCAUUGUGCAUGUCAGUGGUUAUGCAUAAGCCUGUUCCGCCCCCACCCUGCCCUUGUUCUGCCCCCUUUGGUCUUGCAUCAAUUGGAUGCACACAAAAUGGUUGCCGCCUGUAUUUUGAUCCUGGUGUAUUUUUAAAUUUACUGUAUAUUAACAAUGUUGUGCUAUAUGUGUAUGUGCUUUGUACACUGCUUAGAAGUCAUCUGGGCAUCAAGCAAUGUAUAAUCAAUAAAUGACUAAUAAUGAAUAAAUAAUCUGUUUUGUGGCACCUGAUUGUAUUCCACAGGAGCUUCCAGAGCAGGUGUACUUGCACCCACCUCUCAGUAUCUUCGUGGUGGAAAAGAGGGCCUUUGGACGCUCUGUCAUGGUCGGAACUCACAUAGUUUCCCAUAUUAUGAAAUUUGCUCCUAAAGAGCUAGAUGAGUUGGAAGAGGAAGACGACAGCCCAUCCAAAAGUGAGUCUUCAGAAUCCCAACUCCUUUAAGGGACCUUUCAAUGAGGUGGAAUUGUGCGAGGGUCAAGUUAGGGUUUGAUGUGCUGGGAUUUAACAUUUGCAGAGUGUGACACCCUGCACAUGGCAUUGGACUAGAGCUAUCUUCUGCUCAUGGCCAUAUCUAAUUUCUUGGCAUUCCUAUGCCAGAAGGUCAAAGCCAAGGCAGAAAACAUUCAAAGCACCAUGCUUUGAAAGAAAAAUCUAAGUUGAUUCGCCUUUUUAUGAAACUACAGUUCCCAGAAAUCUUUGGGGGAAGUUGUGUGCUUUAAAUUUGCACUGAAUGUGCUUUAAAUGUAUGGCGUGGGUGUGUCCAUAACUGGUUAGUAGAGCGGAAAUGAUUCAGCAGGUGAAGGCAUGUAUUCAUACUAAAGUAUACAAUUUAUACUGUUUUCUUACAGCACGGAAAGCCUCACGGCCGAAAAUCUCCAAAUCAGUUCUGAAUCUUGGUGCAGCUGCUGGGAAGACGGUGAUAAACAUUGGUGCAGCUGCUGGUCAGACAGUAAUAAAUAUUGGUGCAGCUGCUGGAGACAUAGGUAGCAAAGUAAAUCCCCUUAAGCUUGCAAAGGUGAGUGCAGCAAUUGGAUGGUCACAGGUUCUGCUGUUAGAGGAGUGUUGUGGCUCAUAGGAAGUGCCUUUCUAAAUCCACAUUGCAGAAAUGGAUUUUCCACAUAGCUGAAUCAUUCAAAAAGCUUAGGUACUUCAUGGUGGGGGAACCAUAUUGAGCAGCAGAAAAGGGGGGAGGGGUACAAACAGCAGGGUGUAAAUGCAAAUAGAUAUCAUUGGAAACAGAUCUUCACAGAUUUCAGUAGGGUCCCCAGGGAAGAUUCUCAGACACAUCCUUUUAUCCUAAAUCCCAGGUAUUUAUCACAAAAGGGAGUGCUGAGUUGCAGUCCUUUGUUACUGUGUGAUGUAGUGGUUAAGAGCGGUGGACUCGUAAUCUGGUGAACCGGGUUCGAUUCCCUGCUCUUCCACAUGCAGCUGCUGGGUGACCUUGGGCCAGUCACACUUCUUUGAAGUCUCUCAGCCCCACUCACCUCACAGAGUGUUUGUUGUGGAGGAGGAAGGGAAAGGGGAAUGUUAGCCGCACUGAGACUCCUUCGGAUAGUGAUAAAGCGGGAUAUCAAAUCCAAACUCUUCUUCUCUUCUUCUUCUUCUCUAGCAGUAGGCAUGGGUUGUGGUGUGUAUGUGAGAGAGUUAUGCAUGUUACACAUGCACAUCUGCCCCAGGGAAAGCAUUUUGAUCUUUCCUGUCAGAAAUUUCCUUUGUAGGAAAAGCCAUGCAACAACUGUGGGAGGUAACCUGGUUUAAGGGAUGUGAGUCAGUUCCAUAUCAGAGCAUUAGUAAGCAGUCAACAUAAAACUAGGAGAAUCUGGAAGAUAAGAAGCUCAGAAAAUCGGUGGAAAGCAUGAUUAAAGUUAGAAUUAUCAAACCUAUAGAACAAGCUUUGCUAAGGAAGACUCAGCAUGGCUUCCCCCAAAUGGAAUUUCUGCUUCACUAAUCUUUUAGAAUUAUUUGAGAGUGUCGGUAGAAGCAUUUUAGUAGCAAACAUUCUACACAGUCCUUCAUGAAUGAGUUCUGGGUGAACAUAACAGGGAUAAGAGGAUGGGUCCUCUUGUGGACUUGUAACUAACUGAAGAAUAAGAAUCCAGUGAAAUCCAUUAAAAGGAUAAUUUUCACAAAGAAGGGAUAUAAGCAACAGGGUCUUCCAAUGAUUUGCUAUUGAAAUUGGUACCAUUUAAUGUAUUCAUAAAUGAUCUGGAAUUAGGGAAAGCAAUGAUGUAGUAAAGCAAUAACAUGUGGACCAGAAUUCAGAAUCUAGGGGCCCUCCAGGUACUGUUGAACUCCAGUUCCCAUCAGCUGUUAUUCCAGAUUGCUAAAUGGAACCUCCAUGUUUGGGAGCAGUUUACCUCUUACUCAUUGCUGCGCGAAUAGAUUAGAGCUUGCCUAUAGGCUUCAUUGACACUGUUGGAAGAAGGACACUGGACCUGAUGGAGCUUCUGGGCCCUUAUGUUCACACAUGCCAUUGAUAUAUUGAGAUAAUUUAUUCUCAGGCACCUCUGAAGAAACUCCCAAUUGAUAAACUCAUGCCGAAGGAGGAAGAAUUUGAGGAGGAAAAGCCUGAGAAAGAAGAGCUGGAUUGGUGGUCUAAGUACUAUGAAUCAUUAAAGGAAUUAAACAACCAGGUAAUGGGAUUUCAACUACUGAAUUGUAUUUGCAAUAGAAUGUAACCUGCUGCCGUCCAUAUGCUUUGGACUACAGCUCCAUUUAUCCCUGAGCACUGGUCAUGCUGGCUGUGGCUGAUAGAAGCUGUAGUCCAAAAAAUCUGAACGGCAGCAGAUUGAGGAGGGGGGAGGGACUCAGGUGUGAAGCAAAUGACUGCAGUAGAGAACUACAUAGGACAGGUAGGAGGAAGCAGGAAAAACCAUAUCCCAUCAGGAUACUGCAAUCCCCUCACGGGUUUUGGAGAAGGAGAAGAAAGAAGAAUGGGAGGGGAGUAGGAAAGGUCCUUAAAUAAACUUAGCAAGAAGAUGGGUUCUUUUAUGGAUUGAGAACUACUUAAAAAACAGGUAGGCAUUUUAAUGAUGAAAAAACAAACAAACAGUUUCAAACACUAAGGUGCUUUUUUGGUUAAAAAAAUAAGGUGCCAGUAAUCAUAUCUUGAUAGAAAUGCUGUGUUUGCCAGCCAGCACAAAAUGGCUGCUAUGGGCAGGUGCAAAAGAGGUGGCCGUAUUCUGUAUCAUCACAAAAAGAGUCCUGCCUUAUUGUACUUUGUUUACAAUUCAAUAUAUGAGGUUAGGAUGUGAAGUAAAUGGUGCUGUGUUUCUAGAACAUCACACAUUAAUAAAUCAGUUUAGGUCUCCUUAGCAUACACAAAUCCUUGCAGGAUUCCCAGCAAGGCCACAACGAGAAACUGUCAUAUCCUGUGAAGCUUUGUGUUCUAGUACAGGGAUGUCCAACAGGUCAACUUUGCGUGUUCCUCCCCCAAAAAAGCUCAAGACCUUUGAUGAGGGCUUCCCAAAAAAAGCUUAACAACUCUGGUCAAUCCGAUCACUGCCAGUGUUUUUAUAGUGGGAGCAGAUCACAGUCUUUGGGGAGUUGGACAUCCCUGUUCUAGUACAAAGCAGGAUUCUUUAAAGACUGAAUUGGAAUGAGGGGUAGGUGGGGUUAGAAUGGUGCCCAGAGUCCAAGAGAGGAGCACUGGUGGUGGGAGGGCUCCACUCUGAUGGAGGUCCCAGCUGUACCCUAAUAAGCUAAAGCUACCCCUUCUGCAUUUCUCCUGCCAACCAUUAACAAAUCAAAGUUGGUCAUAUUCAUUAAUUUCAAUGGGUCUACUCUGUGUAGGUCUAAUACUGGAGACAACUCAAAAUUUGUGUUAUACAGCUUCUGUUUUCUGCAGCAAAUUUUAUGGGUUUCUGGAGUGUUGGGGUUGGUGUUAUUGUGAAAUUCAUCUCACAUUGUUAAUAGAUUUGCUCAGUUAGUAGUGACUGAUUGUUAUUUGUCGUAGUCUGUUUAAUGACUAUCCUAUUUUACAGUCCUACAGUGAUGAUGAGGAGGAAGAGGACCCAAAUGAUCCAGGUGAGAUCUUCAUACUGUAGAAAUUGCCAGGAUGAGGACCUGAACUUUCCAGAAUAUCUGGUGUUCAAAUGACAUACCCAUCCCAAAGUGGUGCUUUUAUUAUUGUUCUGUCUGUGCUCCCCUUCCCUGAGCUGUGAGAAGCACGGUUCCCUGUGUUGGUGUAAUUUGGAAAAAUUGGUGAAAUUGCGCCUGGAUUCUGUUCAGGGUUAGCAUGUCAGCUGCACUAGGUGGUUAAAAACAUCUUUGGGCUAUUUGUAUCCACCCAAGACCAAAUGCCUAAAGCAUUACUCAUCCACUCUCCCUUUCUCUAAGGAAUGUUUGUACAUGCAGUGAUAGGUAUAAAGUCAAGGCUGGAUUCAGCCAUAUUGGCAUGAUUGUGCGGUAUUUACCAAAUGCAAAGGUUACAUACUCUUCCAGGUUAGCCGAGUUUGUAACCUGAAGCGUUUGUAACCUGAGGCAUUUGUAACUCGAGGUACCACUGUAGUAUCAACAACAGACGGGGGCCCCAGUAUAGCAGUUGAUGGGUCUAACAUCCUUUGCAGGAGAGAGACCAGUGGUGCUUUUUGUGAAUAUCGGUCUAUUUGCAAAUGUACAAAAUGAAUUAUGUACAAAUGUACAAAACAGGAAUUAUAACUGGGCACAGAGUCAAUUCACAGUAAUAGGUGUUCAGUCUCUCAAAAACCUCUUUCUCUGUCUAGAACCUCUUUGUAGCACUGGUUUUGGCUGGCAAACUGCUCCUUUCAGAUUUCAUAGGAUUGGUUCACACUCAGCCAUCUUAAUGAAGCACUAUGCUUGCAGAAACCUCCCAGUGCCUACCUACAGUGUGCCCUGGUUCUGUCAGCUGCGACAGGUGUCUGCAGUGGAACCACUUCCAGCUUUUCUUUGCGCAGUGCUCACACUGAAUUCUCAAUUGCAAGCAUGAAUGCCUGAUGCUAAAAAGAAUAAAGGAGAAGAACGGGGUGGAGAGCGACAAUCUCGUCAUUGACUUUGUUGGAAAUUGUUCAAAGCUGCAGGGAUUGAAUGGAAAAUCUGUGUGAUAUUUGACUGUAUGAGUUGAGCAAAUUAUCCCAUUAAUUUCUCAAUGUCUUAUUUAGAUGGAGGGAAUUUAAAUGUUGCUUCUCUUGACGUGGAAGCGGACGAUGGCGUGAUAGUUGAGGUUGAGCCACCUCGUCCCAAAAGGAAACUUAUAGCUACAUUAAAGGUAGGUCUUUCAGAGACAGAAUCCUGUCCUAAGUAAUCAAGGGUAUGUCCUAUUAAGGACAUGGCUCAUUGGCAGAACACAUGGGUUGCAUGCAAAAGGCACCAGGUUCAAUCCCUAGUGUUUCCAGGUAGGGCUGGAAAAGAUUCCCACCUGAAACCCUCAAGAGCUGCUGCCAAUCAGUGUCAGCAAUACUGAGCUAACUUCCAAAUGGUCUGACUAGAUACAAGGCGCUGCCUAUAUUCCUAUUGGUUUCUGUGAGACUAGGGCUGGUGUAUUUCAGUGCCGCCGCCCGCCCCCCCCCCAUUUGUAUAUUAUGCACAUCAAUUUGGGCAUUUCCUGCCAGUUGAUUUGUGUCUGCUCCUGACAUUUACCACAAAAAACAAACAAAAAUGGGAAAGGAGUAGUGGAAAUAAUUGUUUACUUCACUAUUUGCUCAGGCCAGGAAAGAGCGGCCGGUCUUAUUUAUGUGUGUAUUGAUAUUUGUUUAUAAAAGUACCGUCUCAUAAUUUUUUUGACUAAGGCACCAAUGUUCAUAAUGUUCUAUUCUGUCAGCCUUUGAGGUUGAGACCACAGUGAAGAAUGAUAAGGAGAGAUGUGGAUGACUGCUCUUUUAUUAGCUCUUCAAAACCAACAAAGAUCAUCUUAUAACAUCUUAAAGACUACAUAUUUGUUAUGUCACAAGUUUUAAUGGAUUUAAUGGAUCCACUUAAAAAAUGCUGUAGAGACCUGUAGUGACCCGUAGCACCUGUAGCAACAUGACAUAACCUAUUCACUUGAUCAGUGAUAGAACUGAAAACAGAUCACUAGAGGGGAGAGGCCUCUGGUUGCACUAACUGUUCUCUGUACUACUAGUUUUUAUUAUCAGCUGUUAUGGCAAGAAAGCUCUAAAAUUAACACACCUCUCAUUUCAGAUCUACAGUUCAGAGCUGGAAAACGAGUUCGACAAUUUUGAGGACUGGCUCUGUAUUUUUCCACUUCAUCGUGGGAAAGCCAAUGAAGAUGAAGAUGGAAAUGAAGAGGAUAAUUUAGUGGGAAAAUACAAGGUAGCUGGCUGGAUUCAACUAACCCUGUGCACUAACGCAAUGGCAGAUCUAGCCCAUAGCUGUCAACCGUCCCUUAUUUGGCGGGAAACUCCCUUAUCCCAGCGCCAUGUCCCGUUGCUGUCCCUUAUUGAUGAUGUUCCUUAAAUUUCCCGGGUUUCAAAGGAAACAGCUCCUCUCCCUCCCUCCCUCCCUGCCGGCCAGGGAGGAGCGAGGCUCCAACUGUGUUGUUUGGCUGCCUGCCCUUCCCCCCUCUGACCUCCUCUCACCAGCCUCAGCCCCCAGGAGCCCCUCCCCGCCAGGACUGACGGGAGCCUUGGGCCCUUCCGCCACCAUCCUCCUAGCGGCCGCCGAACUGAGCGUCUCUGCCUGGGGCCUCCCCUCUGCCCGCCACCGCCGCUCCCGCUAGACUGCACUGCGGCUGCGCCACCAAAGGACCCAGAUGAGAUGAGCAGCCUGGCAUGGCCUGUGAAUUGCUGAGGAGCUUUGAGAGGAGAGCGAGGGCAACCACAGAGAAAGCAGUUCAGAGAGAGGAGGAGGAGGCGGAAGCGGAGGAGGAGGCGGAGGCACAGGCAGGUGUUCCAAGGGCUAACCAUAGAGGGGGAAAGCGGAGGAAGGACCGCAAGCGCUUCUCCCAUAGAUUUGUAGGGGUAGACUAGCAUAGAUGGUCUGAUCUGCGGGUUUAAUUCGGACGCUAUUUCCCCCCCCUUCCUCCCGCCCCGCCUGAUGGAACUGAGAGCUGCAGAUGGAGCACGAGAGAAAAGAUACAGAACUGCAGCAGCAUCUUCAUAGCUUGGACUUCGUUUUGUGCAAAAAGUGGUUGCUGCUUGUAGUUAUUAAAUUGCAGUGUUUCAUCAGCUGGUGUCUUGAGCAGCAACCUCUGGAAAUGAAGGGCUAAAAACCGGAGCUGCUCUCCAAAAUUAUCUGGUCCCUUUUAACUUCGCAUUUCAGCUGGUUGACUAAAAUCUCUUAUUUUGGCUGCUGAUCCCUUAUUUUCAAGGCAGCUGGUCCCUUAUUUUCAAAUCUGUAAGUUGACAGCUAUGAUCUAGCCUGCUCUGUAGGAUGAAGGCUAAUACUUUGCUUAGAAUGUAGUAAUAAACCUCCUUGUGUCUAUUCCUUAUGGAGUUAUAGCUUUACUUUUACUGUGCUUUUCCUUCUCCUGUCUCUCCUGUGAUUUAUUGCACUUCCAAUAUAUGUGUCACCAGAGGUGUGGUAGAGCUGCGAUACUGCAGGACUCAACAUGCUGCAGUCUCCUAGGAAACAAGAAGAAAAAUCUUCUGACAGGUGUAGGGCUAGUCAAAAUAUCAUUCUACUAGAAAGAGUGAUAUAGAUUGCCUUUUAUUUAAUCCCUCUUUUGCAGGGCUCAUUCUAUGUCUAUCGGGCUGAAGAGGCAGGUGCAGAGCACAAGAUCUCCCAGGGCAUCCCCAGAAACAGACCCAUUAAGGUCCUUGUCCGAAUUUAUAUUGUAAAAGUAAGUAUUUGUAUGGAAUGGCAUGAGUUUUGAAACCUGUGCUACAAUUACCAGAUAAUGAAUUCAUAACCAUCCCACAACCUGCAAAGUCCCCUGGGAUUCUGUUGUCACUGUUUGUAUCUCCUUUGAGCUAUGGCAAGGAUGAUCUCCCAAGAUGGAUAGUAGCUCUGUGAUUUAAACCCUUCAUUCAAUUCAAGCCGCUCCUAAUAAUUUUGCUUUCAUGAAUUUGAAGAUGAGAUGUCACAGAAGGAGCCCCUGGAAUUUCCAGACUCUGCCUUUAGAUUGAGGAGACUUGGGACUGCUAGUGCCAUCAAUUCCAUUCUGAGAUGCAAACAGCAUUCUAAAAUGUUCUGUAUUUUGCAGGGAGCCUCCAGACUCCCAGUGUUUUGCAGGAGGCAUUCAAGUGCAUAUGAAAAUGUUAGGUUUGCACAGUUAAAGUAGAUUAAAGUGCUCUAUCAUCCCAAUGCAUCAAAUCUCCCUCUCCAUUUUAAGCAGCCUUUUUGCAGUUUGGAAAGUGACAGGGAAAUGCAUUGAAAAGUGAGGGAUGGAUGAAUAAUUAAUGGGAGGACAUGUAAAUACCCCACAAGCAAAUCAGAAUGAACUCAGGCUGACUGCUUAUUGUCAUAUAACUGUCCUAUAUAGAAAUCAGCAUGGAUGCUGCAUAACCUUUGUGCAAAAUAAUCAGGAUGAAUGCUAAAUAUUCCCUGCACUAUAUUCCUUUAUCUCAGCACACCAUAAAAACAUAGCAGUUCUUUUCCACUUUAGAACAGUACUGCUUUUGAAGGAAAGUAGGGUCGUCUCACCCUCAGGGGUUGUCUCACUCUUUCAGUGCAUCUAGUUUUUACUUUUUGAAGUAUGGCAACCCUAGGUUUCCUCCCCACUCCAUUCAGGUCUGAUUGGUUAGUGACCAUAGUUUUGCCUGUAACAUGUGUCCUAGCUUCAGCAAGCAAGCCUUCUGAAGUAACAAGCACUUCAGUCGUUGUUCUGCUCCUGCUUGGGACAUAUUGGUCUGGCUGGCAGGAAAUAAUUUUUUUGGGAAGGGGAAAAGCGGUUAACUUCUAGGUUGCUCUGCCUCCUGAGGCUGGAAAUGAUGAUCUUCAAGUUCCUUGUAACUCUAUGAUUUUAUAACACUUGAUGUUUUGAUCACGUAACACAGGUCAGUGAUCUUUUGCAAUAGUAGUUUUUCGUUACCGAUUCAAGCUGAAGCUUCAUGAAGGUGUUUCCAGGCAAAUAUAUGUAAUGCUAUAUGCAUAGCUGUCAAGUGUCCCUUAUUUGAAGGGACAGUCCCUUAUUCCAGCGCCAUGUCCCGCUGCUGUCCCUUAUUGAUGGAUGUCCCUUAAAUGUCCCUUAAAUGAUGUCCCUUAAAUUUCAAAGGAAGCAGCUCCUCUCCCUGCCGGCCAGGGAGGAUGGAGGCUCCAACUGUGUUGCUUGGCUAUGUUGCUCACCCAAUAAGUCUAAGAACGACUGGGGGGUGGAGCUUGCAUGCCUUGUGUGUGGCUCGUUAAUACAAGCUGAGGGGGUUUCUGAAUGCUGGACACCAUUUUGUUGCACGUACUGCUGCAAACUUUGCAGUGCAAAGCCAGGCCGGGGAGCCAUCUUAAGUUGAGGCUGCAUAGGCCUUGUGGUGCAUGUGAUUCAGAUUCUAUUCAGUUGAACCUCUGGUUACAAAGUUGGUUGGACAGUGUUCUCGAAGCUACCAGCAUGAGUUUGACCAGACUGCAGGAGGACAGGAAGACAGGAGUGCCUGGAACAGGUGAGGAUGCAGGUUCCUUAUUUUGGCUGCUGGUCCCUUAUUUUCAAGGCUGCUGGUCCCUUAUUUUCAAAUCUGUAAGUUGACAGCUAUGGCUAUAUGGUUUUGUUCCACCAGUGUUAUAGUGCCACGUAUUAUGUUUUUUAGGCAACUAAUCUCAGUCCAGCAGACCCCAAUGGCAAGGCAGAUCCCUACCUUGUGGUUAAAAUCGGGCAGCAACAGAAAGACACCAAGGAGCGGUACAUCCCAAAGCAGCUGCAUCCAGUCUUUGGAGAGUAAGAAUGCAGCUUUACUUUGCAUCUGAGUUGUAUCCUCUCCACAUUGCUUAUAGCAGAUUUUGCCUUACCACUAGGUAAACCUAGGCAACUGCAAAGGGUAGCUUGUGUUGGUCCCAUUGUUGGAGAUGCAAAAGGGAGGGAUUCAUAUUCUCAGCACCACCUAGGUGUGCAUGCAUCUCUAACAAGAUGGUGGUGCAGCAAAGAAGGAAAGAGGGCUGGAUCUAUAGGAAGAUGAGGAAGGGUAUAGUAGUUAUCAAAGGAUAGCGGAAAUGAGGGGUGAACAAACAAGAGCAUUGUUGGGUUCUGCCAAUGACCACGUGAGAUGGGGGAGGGAAAUUGGCAAGUUCAGGGUCUUCAAGGUGAAGGGUCUGUUAAAGGGGGCUUGUGCCAGUUGGAUGUCAUGGAUGGAUGUGUGUGACUUUACCCAGAUAUGAUACAUAGGUUUAAAAUGGUGCAGGUUCUAUUACAACAAGAAUUAAAGUGGGGGUGGUUGUACAGAGCCUACUUCCAUAGGUUGUUUCCCAUCCUUUAGUUGCUCAUAUAUAUUCUCAUCCUGAAUGCCUCUCUCUCUUCUUCAGAGUGCUGGAGCUGAGCAUAUCAUUUCCCAUAGAAUCAGAACUCACCAUAUCAAUAUUUGACCAUGAUUUGGUCGGAUCAGAUGACUUAAUUGGGGAAACAAAGAUUGACUUGGAGAACCGAUUCUACAGCAAUCACAGAGCCAACUGUGGGGUGGCCUCGCAAUAUGACACGUAUGUAAUGUAGAAGGAGUUAGCAAGGCAACCACAAACCCUUCUUGUCAUUUUGUUAGUAUUUUUUAAAUUAUUAUUUUGCAGAAAGUAUUGCUUUUUCAAGUGGCUGGUAGCAACUCUGUAGCCUUCCCAAGGAAGCCUGUUUCUAUAGUGGUGGGUAGGGGUUGGACUCUGCUCCCUGCUCUAUAGAAACGUCUCCUGGAAUGCUAGCACUAAGAUGAAAUAAAUCAGCUUCACAUUCAGUUCUAUACCCAUUAGGAGGUAAUGGCUAUGGCCUCAUGUGACACUAAGCCAUCAUUUGAUGUAACUGUUCAGCAAACCACUGGUCAUCUUACAGAUGAGCUGACAAGCCACAGCUUAUUUCUCCAAAGCUUAGUUUGUUCUCCAUCUGAUCUUGCCUUGUAGCUUAGAUGAGCACCAAAUGAAACAAGGUUAAACAAGGUAGUUGGUUCAGACAUAAUGCCAUGCUAAAGUUAAAACAAGCCAUGAUGAAUUAAGCCAAUAACAAACCAUGGUUUCACACUGCUUUGUUUUCAGAAAACAAACCAUGGUUUCACACUGUGCUUUGUUUUCAGAAAACAAACCAUGGUUUCACACUGUGCUUUGUUUUCAGAAAACAAACCAUGGUAAAUCUGCUAGGUUCAGAUGUUCAAACAAACCAUACUUUGACUUAACAAACCAUGGUGUAGUAUUAUGUGCAGACCAGGCCAAUAAGUUUGAUCCUGUUCCUUCCUUACAGAGAGGGCUACAACAUGUGGCGUGAUGCUUUCAAACCCACACAUAUCUUGGACAGUUUGUGUAAGAAGAAUUCACUCCCCUCAGCUGAGUACAGGCGGGAGGAAGUCAAAGUAAACAACAAGAUUUUUAAGAUCCCUCCUGAAGCUUUUCCUGAAGGUACUGGUUUAUGCUAAAAAAACAAAAACAAAAACUUUUUUUACCCAACUUUUCUGACAAGUUGCUCAGGGUGAUAUACAUUGUUCUCAUGCUCCCUAUUUCAUUUUCACAACAACACUGUGAGGCGGGUUAAGCUGAGAGGCAGUGACUAGCCCAAGGUCAUCCAGUGGACAUCUCAGCUCAGUGGGGAUUCGAAUAUGGGUCUACCCAAUUCUAGUCCGACACUCUAACCACUACAACACACUUGUUCAGUGUUUCAAAGGAGAACAUAAAGCUAAAGCUGCUAAAGUGAGCAGUGGUGAGAUCCCUUUGAAAUUCCUAUAUAAUUUAUUUAUAAUAAUGAUAAUAAUUGAUUAUUUGUACCCCACUCAUCUGAAUGGGCUGCCUCAGCCACUCUGGCUGGUUUCCAGCAUAUAUAAAAACAUAGUAAAACAUUGAACCUUAAAAAGCUUUCCUAUACAGUACAGGACUGCCUUCAGAUGCCUCCUAAAGGUUACCGGUAUAUAAUUCCUAGGCUUUGCCAUGACGUUCUUCAUUGGUUGAUACUGAUAAACAGUACUGAUUCUGUCUGGUCCCCUUUCUUAGGGGCUUCUGGUUGUUGUUGUUGUUGUUGUUAUUGUUAUUAUUAUUAAUUUAUUAUAGAAGCCUUUGUAAAAGACAAGAAAGAAAACGAAGAUGAAACCUGGUCUGCUUAUGAUGAGCACAAGGCUUUGUAUGUUCUUCAACACUGGGAUGAAAUGCCAGAAUAUGGAUAUAAAUUAGUACCAGAACAUGUAGAAGUUCGGUCCCUUUACAAUCCAGACAGCCCGGGUCUCCUACAGGUGAGACGAGACUGUUGGUUUACUCAUAAUACAACUUCUGCACAUUGGUACUAUAGGAUCAUGUGCAAGGAAUGUUGCAAUAGCACAACCGCAGCAGGGAAAACACACCCCUGUUAUAUCCAUUGUAGGGAGGGCAAGGCUGUUAUACAUAGCAGAUAUAGACAGAAAGGGUGGUAUGGCAAGAGGCAGCACUUGAGACCAAAAAUGCAUACCUUCUUCCACAAUCAUAAAGGUCUUUAGGCCAGCCAUUACCAAUGUAGGGCCCACUAGGUGCUUUGAACUAUAAGUCCCAUCAGCCCCAGCCACCAGAGGACACUAGGUUGGCAAAGACUGGCUUAGCUUCUUCCCUUUCCAUUGAAGCCUUGGGAAAUUAUACCUGUGUCAACGUAGACGUUGUUUGUAAAGACUUUGGAAUGUAUGAGUGAGAGUUGUUGCACUAAUCCCAGGCCACUUCGAAACAAAAAGAAAAUUAGCUCCUGAACAUUGAAGUUGAGUAAAAAUCAUUUCCCUGAGUUUCAAAAUAUGUCUGCAAUAUUUCAUAAAUACUUGUUAGCGCCAUUCUGGACGUUUCCCUCUCCCUUCAUUAGAUAGAUUCAACUGCUCUUGAAUCUCAGAAACAAACACCUUGUUUUCUCCCAGGGUGCUCUCCACAUGUGGAUCGAUAUGUUUCCAAACGAUGUCCCUGCACCACCUCCUGUCAACAUCAAACCACGACUCCCAAUCAGGUAAAGGCCCUUAGUGAACUGGAAGAGAGCCAAUUCCUAAACUAUUUGUUGCUUUGCCUUUUAUAGAACGUUUUCUUACAUUGUGUGCCGCCUGGUAGGAACUAUUGCAGAAAAACAUCUGCAACAGGCACCUGACCUGCUGGUGCCUGUGCUAAUAAUGUAUAGGAAUUGCUAUGUGAAUGGCUGCCACUAUGCAAUAGUAUCCCCUUAAAGAGGAGGAGUCUCUUCUGUUUUAACGUGCCGGUGAAAUGCAAAUGAAGCAAGUUUAAACGCAGAGUCCUUUGGAAGAUGUUUCAAAGCUCCAGCGAUCAACUGAUUGUUGGGGCUUCAAAGCACAGUGUAAGGUUCUCAACAAGCACCAACUAUUGAUUAAAGAGAGCCCUGAACAGUUGAAGCCCCAACUACUAUAUUAUUAUUAUUAUUAUUAUUAUUAUUAUUAUUAUUAUUAAAAUUUAUAUACUACCCUUCAUCCGAAAAUCUCAGAGCCGUUCACAAGAUAAAAAUUACAGAAUAAAAGCACAAAGAAAUAGAAGAAAGAAAACAAAACAAUAACCUUCCCUCCUACAAACACACUGUCAGCUGGCAUUGGUGGCAUUGGUGGCACUUGGGUGCAUUUCCACCAAGGAACUGCACCACCACCAACUCAAAGUCAGCUGACAAGGCCUUUGUUUGGGCAGGUGACCUGAUGCUCUUGGAUGGCAGUGGGUGUUACAGCUAGUGCAGCAAAAAGGGAGGAACAGCUUGGACUCUAAAUCGAGUAUUUCUGCAUGCACCCUUUCUCUGCAGAAGGGGAAAUUACCUGGCUUUGAAAGCAUUUCCUCUGCUGCAGAAACUUCACACUUUAUCUAGCGAUCAGCUGAUUGGAAGUUACAGGGAGCCUCUCUGAAGCCACAAACCCAGCUCAUUGACACUAGACCUGCUGCAAAAAAAAAGGUUAUUGUAACUGUCAACUGACUGAUGGUUACAGCAACCUCUUUUGAGCUUUGAUAGGUUUCACCCACCUGAUGUCAUUACAAGCUGGCCCACAGGGGGUGGAAGAGAGAAGGAUCUAGCCUGCCUUCCUGAUGCAGUUCCCUGCCCCUGGUCUAAGGACUAAAAUUACUCAGUUGCACCCUGUCUACCCUAUGAUCAUUUGGCAUGCUUCUGUUGUGGUUCACAUACUGGGUAGUCUGGCCCCUCAUAUUGGUAAAGGGUACUCUUCGUUCUUUGUGGAAAGUUUUGUCCAGAAUUUACAGAUGCAGAAAAUAAGUUUUGAACAGAACUUUGCAUUUUCUCAUUCUUUCUAGCUAUGAGCUGCGUGUCAUUAUCUGGAACACGGACGAUGUGGUCCUUGACGACGUCAAUCCAAUAACAGGAGAAAUCUCCAGUGACAUCUAUGUGAAAAGGUGCUUUCACCAAUAGAUUCAGAUAGUCCGAAAUGAUAAGUCCGAAAUGAUAAAGAAAUGAUAAGUAUAGCUUAUCAUUUCUUUAGAAACAUGAGGAUUUUCCUGAUGGAAUAAGCAGCCAACUGUUCUGGUUUCAAUACAGUGGGUUGCUAGUUUAGCAGGAGUUAAAACUUUUGAUUAAUAAGUAAUAUUGGGUUGUAUCCAAUGUAGUGCUAAGUAACUGUCCCAUUUUCACCUGCACAAUGGGACCCCCUCCCCCUUCUCCCACACGUACUCCCUAAAUUAUGGGUUUUGUGCCUUUUGUGAGGUGGGGCCAGGAACUGAUGCUAAAUUAUUGCUAGAUUCUAAUAAAGGUUCUUCUGCAGUUGGAUCAAAGGACUGGAGAAGGACAAGCAAGAGACAGAUGUUCACUUUAACUCUUUGACUGGGGAAGGCAACUUCAACUGGAGAUUUGUGUUUCGCUUUGACUACCUCCCAACAGAAAAAGAGAUAACUUACAAGAAGAAGGAUUCCAUCUUCUCUCUGGAGGAAUCGGAAUUUCGGGAGCCAGCUGUCCUGGUCCUUCAGGUCUGGGACUAUGAUAGGAUUGCAGCAAAUGACUUUCUAGGUAUUUUAAUGCUCACUGUGCCUUUUAAAGGUUUGGGGCAUAUAUAAAUGUUUUUCUUCUUCUUCUUAGUUGUUUCCAGAAGGGUGUGCAACAAAUAUAUUGCAGGGAAGUUAAAAACUGGCCCUAGAAAGCUUCUGAAACUCUCCUUUUCUUUCUACUCCUCCUUCCCUGCCUGCAUAAAACUCAUCCAUUUAGAGGCUUUUUUAGCAGUGCAAUUUCCUAAAACGGCUAAUCUGAAUUGAGGAGGCUUCCAGGGAUAGGAAAAGGAGAGUGCAUGUGCUCGGCAAGCACAUCUUUCUAUAGUCCAUCUGUUUUUCACCUUCAUAUACAAAUAAUUUAUAUUCAGUUAAAGUAAUCUAGCCCAUUUGUGUCUAAAUUCUCAGUACAGCUAUUAAAAGCUUGUCUGCUGCAAGCAAACAAAUGGUAAAACACCACUCAAAGCCUUUCAUUCAUGACUCCAUAUUGUUUUGAUUUGGUUUCAGUUCCUGUUGAUUAAAUUGCAUGGAAUUGAAUUAAAACAAUAUGGGAUAAUGGAUGAAAUUUUGUAAAUACACUGGGGCAAGAACAAGCACUAAAAAGGGAAAACUAAUAGGCAGCACCAUCUAGUGGUUGAUCAAGGUACUGCAGAUUUUUGAACUUCAUUCUGAUUUUGUUGGGGUGAAGUUGCAAAUUCUGAACAUGGUUUGCUGCCCAGAUAUCAAUUACACUGAAUGCAUGAAAUUGGACAGCAACAAAGAGAUCUCAGCUGUAUUUCCUACUAUGCCAUCUUUUUGCAUAUUUCCUCUUUCUGUACAUCCUACUGUUUCCUCAUGUAAUAUGGGGAUUUACAACAUCCUAGUGGUAAGAAAUUGCAUGCUAAAGACAAAUUUAGGUUGAAGAAGAAUGUUUUUAACCAAUGAAGAUGUAACGUUCUGGAGUAGCUGUGAUGGCAAAGAACAUCACAAAGCUUGAGAUGGAAGGAAAGAAGCACGUGGAGGAUAUCAUGUAGUUUUUUCUUGAUGCCUCUGUUGUGACCCGUUAGGAUCAUUUAAGAUUUUCCCAGGUAUCUUUCUGCUUAGGCGAUUGUGUUCCUUCACCCCUCCCCUUUUAAUGUAAUGUUGUGUGGUGUACAAAUACACCAGGGGGUGAUUUAGUGGAUGCAUUUUGCAGUGGUGGAUUUGGGGCUCUCAAAUUUCUGUGGCACCCUCUUGCAAGGGGCACCAGCAUUGUCGUGGUGCCCCAUGAACCACCAAGCAUUCUUGCAUUCAGUUGCUAGUCUGGCUGGCUUUCUUAUGUGGAGUUGUGGGGCAGCGCCAUCGUGCUCUCUGUCUCCAGAAGUAAAAUGUCUUGGUUGCUGAGGAAGAGUUCCUCUGCCCCACCCUGCCUUGGAAUGCAGGCUUACUUGAGCUUCCCUACUUUUGUGCCUUCCAGCCUCCUAGUAGCUAUUAUAAAAGGAAGUGGAAGAGGCUGCUGAUUAGUUGGUCAGUAGUUCCUGGGCUAUGCCUUGAAUCUGUUUUCUGACUCUUUGUUUCCUUUGCCUUGCUGUUCCCUGAAUACUGCUCAGUUUUGUUUGCUCAUUCCUUGCCAGAUGGUCCUUAAUUUUCCCCUGAUCCAGCUAUGCUGACUUGUGUAAGACAAACUGCUGUAUUUGGGUUUGCAAAUACUUUUUCCACCCAGUCAGGUUGACAAUGAUCUCAGGCUUCCCUACCCUGUAAGCUAGGGCUGCCAUACAUUACUGGGAUUUUAAAGGCGGAAUUGACGUACAGUGGGAGUUUCUGAAAGGUGCCUUGUCCUGGAUGUUAGGCAAGUCAAUCAAAAGACCAAAAGCUCAACAACUUUUGGGGUGUCCUGGUAACCCUACUGUAAGCACCUUUUAGCUGUGCAUUUUCUACCUACUUCUAUUAUGAUGGAAGUUCCUGUUUUGAACCAGGGGACUGUUUGCUCCAGUCUAAUGCUGUGAUCUCUACAAAAAUGUAGUGGCUGCAUUCUGUAAAUCAAAUCGUAGCCCAAUAGCUUCAAGCAAAAUUCCUGCAAUUCCCUGUGGGUGGAAAUACUGUGUUUCCUAGCCAUCUGGGGGGAAAUUGUCAAAUUUCCCAUUAUAAGUGGCCAGUAUAUGAUAUUAUCCCAACUUUGUUGUGUUUCAAGGAGCCAUUGAGUUGAAGCUGAACGAUAUGGUGAGAGCUGCCAAGAGUUCAGAGCAGUGCACCAUCAAGAUGGCCAAGGAGAAGGCCAUGCCCCGCUUCUCUAUCUUCCGAAACAAACGAAUGAGAGGCUGGUGGCCAUUCAUCAAACUCAAGGGCCAGGAAGACUUUGAAAGGGAAGAGAGGGAGGCUAAGCAGAAGAAGAAGAAGAAGAAGAAGAAGAAGAAGAAGUGGAGGAGCUCUGUAAAACCAGAAGACGUUGAGUUUUCAGAUCCUAGUGGAAAUAUCUUCAUCCUUACAGUAAGAGAACUUCACUGAAGAUGCACUUAUUUUUAUAAUUAUUUACAUUUAUUAGCUAUCUGUUAAGCCGUUUCUCUAGGCAGCAUACAACACAAAUCAAAUACAGUGGUACCUCAGGUUACAUACGCUUCAGGUUACAUACGCUUCAGGUUACAGACUCCGCUAACCCAGAAAUAGUACCUCGGGUUAAGAACUUUGCUUCAGGAUGUGAACAGAAAUCGCACGGUGGUGGCGCAGCAGCAGAGGGAGGCCCCAUUAGCUAAAGUGGUACCUCAGAUUAAGAACAGUUUCAGGUUAAGAAUGGACCUCUGGAACGAAUUAAGUACGUAACCAGAGGUACCACUGUAGUACAUUGAGGGUGCAAUCCACACCCACUCGUUGUGGCCUGAGCUGAGUGGGACUCCCCUUCCAUCAAGUCCUGCUGAGCUCCACUGGCCUCCACCUGCAGAGCGAUGCCAACGUCACUCUGCUGGCCCAGAACCCCCACUCCACUCUGUGUAAGUCAGAACUGCCACUGGCAGGAUCUCCACCAUUGGCAGCAAGUGGGUGAGAGUCUCUGAAGCACAGCAGACUCUUGCAGUAUGUCAGACAUUUUGCUCACAGUGUGCUUCUCUCUAGGGAAAAGUGGAAGCCGAAUUCCAGCUACUGACUGUAGAGGAGGCUGAGAAUGCCCCAGUUGGUCGGGCACGGAAAGAGCCUGAACCCUUAGAGAAACCCAAGUAAGUAUCUAAAGAUUUCUAUAAAUGACUUUGUAAAUGAGAAGACCAGGCUAGUUCAGGCCGUGAUCCGUCUAAUGCAGCAUCCUGUUAUCAUGGUGGUCAGGUGCCUAUGGGAAGCAUACAAGCCUAUGGGAAGCCCCUGCUCUAUACUAGGGAUGGAGGAAUCUGUGGACUCCAACCCCCAACAGUUGUAGUCCAGCAGCAUCUGGAGGGCCAUAGGUUCCCCAUUCCUGCUUUGUACUGUUGUGAAUUACAUUAAUAUUGUUGGAACACACUAUAUAACAGGAAAGCUGAUUAAAUGCAAAAUGACCUUUGGAUUUCCAGGCUUUCAAGCAUAGGUUGACUUGUCUUCACUGUGAGCAUUGACCUAUUAUCAGCUGGGGGGGGGGGCUAGCUAUGUGCUACCAACAUUAACUUUGUUGCUAUACCCUUGUCCAAACCUGCAUUGAGUCUUGCCCUUUCUUUUCUUCCCAGCCGCCCAAAAACAUCCUUCAACUGGUUUGUGAAUCCCAUGAAGACGUUUGUCUUCUUCAUUUGGAAGCGGUACAAGAAGUACAUAAUUGCACUACUUAUUAUUGCAAUUUUGACCAUAUUCUUGGUUCUCAUACUCUACACAAUGCCGGGAUACAUCAGCGAGAAGAUAAUAAACGGCUAAAGACAGUGCAUUCUGUCCUCUUCCCCAAGUUGGGACUUGACAAAGGAAGAUAACAGUGACUUCUGUGCCAAAGACAUUAAGGAGCAUGUGCAGCUGGCUGAUUGUGCCUGGAGCACUUUGAAAAUGCAACUGUCAGAGUAAGGGAAGAGACUGCCCACAUUUAGGCAGUCAGGCAUCCUGCUCACAUCUGUGAUGUGAUGACAAUUAUCUCUGAAGAGCCUUUGGAAUUAUUCAUUAAACGCCUUGUCUUUCAUUAGCCCUUAAGAUGGUAUGCUUGUUCUAUGACCCUGCAACUCUUUAUAGCUAAAGCAAUCAACUGUCACUUAAGAAGAAAAUAAGAAGAGGCCACCUAUAGCAAUAGAUAUAGAAGCAUGGAAACCUAGCAAAAUGGAAAGGAAUUUAUAGUUUUAUGCCACUGGUGUCUGUGUCUCCAUAUCAUAUGAGUCUGGUAUGUGGGUGUGGUUUGCUAGGAAUCGCCUGGCAUGUCCAAUUGAUACCCCUAGUGGUUCUCAGUUGGUCUGUGGGUUGGCAGUUCCCCAUUCCUUAAUGUAUUGGUUUGAGAAAUGUGGAUUUGCUAAAUUUGCAUUAAAAUGCGGAUCACAUUUCUCAUCCAUCCCUACACUCUAGUGCAAUAAGCAGUAUACAUGCCAUCAUGUUUGGAAGUGGGAGACAGCUGUGCUGUUUUCCAUUUUUGUUAGUAGAGCAGGGCAGCUAGAUCACAAGUUCAUCCAUCAAAUGAUAUUUGUAAAUAUAUAAAUCACAGAUUGGAGGGAUAAGGAGUAGGGUUAUGUUACUCCUAAGCAUUGCAAGCACUGCCUAAAAGGUGCCUCUGACAUUUGUGCAACCUCAUUGUGUGAAAAACUAUUCAGCAUUAUCUAGCAAAACGAUUCGAUUUUCCCAGCAAGAUACUGCACUUUUGGAGCAAAGAAAAUGUGUUGUCUUGGCAACAGAAAACUGUCUUGGACAAAGGUAUUGCCUGUAUUAGCUGAAAUGCUGCUUGUGUCUUUUUACCCUGUGAAAUAGUGACAUUGAUAUAACAUGAUUUUUGCUGUUCUUUAAAGAUUACAUGCACUUUAAAAAUAAAUAACACUGCCACUUUUGCAAAUUACAGGGUGGUGUUUUUCCCCCAGAAAUGCAUAUUUCUACAGAUGUGUUUUUUGAUACAACCAGAGUGAUUCACACAUAGAGGCAAAUUUCCAAAUGCAGAUCUGCUCUGCUGGGGCAAUUGUGCGUGGGGGGGGGGACACACACACACUGUGUCAGUCCAACAACCUACUUGUGCUCUUGAAAAAGUAGAUUAGCCUUCUGUGACCUUGUGCCCUCUAGCAAUUUUGGAUUAAAACUCUGAUGAAG